UGCUUAAACUCCUUUACUGUGUUAACCUCUACCACUUCAGCUGAAAGGCUAUUCCAUGCAUCCACUACCCAAUUACAUACAAAUUAAGGUAAAAUUAUCUAAAUAUUAAAACAUUUACAUUUUCCCAUCAUACCAUAAUAUACUAUUUUCUAUGGUGACACGAAUCUAUUUCUUUGACAGUUUUAUUCAUUAACUGGCAGUCUACACUAAUGUAUUUUACCAUAGAUCUAUGAGAAAAUUGUCCCCCCCCGUAUUCUAAUAUUUCAUAUAACUGUAAACUAAAACACUGCAUGCCAUAUCGCACGCGUACUCCAUACUUGCAAAGCUUUUACACCGACCUCUACGCAAAACACACUUUAUUUUUUCUCCCAGUCGUGUCUGAUGAUGUCACUCCAACGCGACGCCGGUGAGUUCGUCGCCUGCUGUGUGACGUCAGUACGCCUCGGUUAGGACGAUGGUUCGAAAGCUGGAAUCAGGUGGCGAUACUUAGGUAAUGAAGAAGUGAUACAAAGUUGUCAAGUUCACUGGUGGUACAGUGAUUGGUAUGUACUCUUGGCACCAUAGACUUUUAUACAAUUUAUAUUUCUGGGUGAGAUUGCUUUUAACGAAGGGUCCUUAGGGUAGAGGUAGAUAUUGCUUGGAGGGUAAUAAUAUAUAACAAGGACUUACAUUAUCAUCAAGGGGUUUAAUAUUAAAAUUGUCUGAGAACGAGGGUAUAAAGUUUUAAAUGUGUAUCCGUAUUUAUCAAGGCAGAACAUCCAACUAACAGAGUUAUUUACUAAGUGACAAUACAAGGUGACUAGCAAAUCUAGUACCUGAAUCAAAGCAUAGCUGAUUUAGAGACUGUUUCCAGUUUUGCUAUUUUGAUCUUAAAUUUGAGAUUCAAAAUUAACUCUCACUUUAGUAAAUAGCCCUGUAUAUGUUUUUGUUGAUCCGAAAUUUGCAAUUCACACCACAGUUGUUCUAUGGUCACUUGCUAAAUGUGGAAAUUGUUGGAUUAAAUAUAGUUACAUAGUUGUCUAAGUUGAAAAAAAAAAAAAAAAGACUGAUAGUCCAUUAAGUUCAUCUGUAAAGCCCAUUCUUUUAUGCUUUGCUCAAAAGAAGACAUAAAACCCAAUUUUACCAAAUUGCAGUCAACAUCCUCCUUGACUCCAUAAUGGCAAUUCAAAUAUAUGUUUUGAAAAGGUUGUGAAAUAUAACAUAACCUUUUCUGUUAUUGUUGCUGUAUUCUUUAAAGGGGCAUUCCAGGCACGCAGACCACUUCUGCCCAUUGGAGUGGUCUGGGUGCCAGCUUCCAUCACCCUUAACCCUGCAAGUGUAAUUAUUGCAGUCUUUAUAAACUGCAUUAUUACCUUGCAGGCUGAAGUUAGACAGCCACUAGAGGUACUUCCAUUUUCCUAAAACAAGAAAAGUGUUUUAAACGAUGCUGGACGUCCUCACGUUAUGCAUGAGGACCUCCAGCAUUGCGGGAAUCACCAUAGGAAAGCAUUGAAUAAUACUUUCCUAUGGGGAGGUCUAAUGCGUGCGGCCAGGAGUGUGGGCGGAGCCUGACUAAAGUCACUGAAGGGGUUCUAACCCCUUCAGCAACAAGGGAUGGUGGUGAGAGGGAGAGGGGCACUGCAGGAACCUGCAGUGCCAGGAAAGUGGAUAUGUUUUUCUGGCGCUAGAGAGUCCCUUUAACCCUUCAAAUGCAGCAAAUUACCUCCAGGAUCCAUUUGUGUUGUCCCAUCUCGAAUUUAACCCCAUCCUUAUCCCCAUCACUUCUUACACUGUUUACUCAUCACAUUUAUCCCUACUGUACAGCCUGCUUUUACCCAGUUAAUGCAUACCCCCACAACCCACAUUGAUCUUUCUCAUAGUAAUUUUUUUACCUUUACUUUUUGCCAUGUUUGAUGAUGAUUUUAAGAUCAAUUAUAGUGACUGCAGUAUUUUGUAAUGUGAAGGGUUAAGUUGGGGAAUCCAGUGGGAAUGUGAGAUAUUGAAUGUUAGUGGACAGAUCCUGGCUGCACAAGAAUAGAAAAUGGUGGGAGUUGAACUCUUAGGGAAUCAAUUUACUGCACCAUGAAUUAUUAAAGAAACUGUUUGGAUCCAAAGCUGUUAUGGUGCCCAAAGGUUCCGGUCAUGUUCGUAGCUUAAGGUUGAAAGCUGUUCUCUAACAGUUUAACCCCAAAGGUUGCUCUCCAGCACCAGAUCUCCCUGUCCCCAACAGCAUCUCGUUUCUCCAAAGCAGUUUGAGGAAGCACGGAGUGCUACUAGACAGGGACUGGCUUAGAAUGUUCAUCUGAUCCUCUAUGCCAAUCAGUAGUUCCCUAUUCAUAACAAGUGCACUUUUUUGUGAAAUAAAAUAUCCCUAAUUAAUAUGCUUUAAGGGACACUAUAGUCACAAGAACAACUACAGCUUAUUGAAUUUGUUCUGGUGAGUAGAAUCAUUACCUUCAGGCUUUUUUGCUGUAAACACUGUCUUUUCAGAGAAAAAGCAGUGUUUACAUCACAGCCUAGUGAUAACUUCACUGGCCACUCCUCUGAUGUCUGUUAGAGAUCAUUCCUGGGUCAUGACUGCCUAAAAUGCAUCCAAAACAUUCAGUAUGUCCUCCCUCUGCAGACACUGAACUUUCCUCAUAGACAUUCAUUGAUUCUAUUCAUUGAUUCAAAACCCAUCUCUUUAGGAAGGCUUAUGGCCUCCAAGACUAACCCCUACUUCACAUACCUGUCUCUUGCCCUCUCCUAAAGGGCAGCCCACCUUAUUUGAUUGCAAAUUCCUGUCCUAAUGUGUUUUACAACCCACCUCCUAUAGAAUGUAAGCUCGAUUGAGUAGGGGCCUCUUCAACCUACUGUUCCAGGACAGAGAGGAACAGGGGCCAUUGAAGGGACAGGAACGUCCCGAGCGCGCAGCCCGUUUCAAGGAUUGCCCACUUUCAAGGAUCAUUGAGUGACCUGCCAUAUUGACCAGAUUCUGCAGAGAAUGGAUGAUUGACUGUCUUUUCACCAAAGAACAAUCAUUUUCACCCUCAUCUAUUAUACACCAUUUACAGACCUCAGCAUCCUCCUACUGUGCAUACUUUAAAGCCAACUUCUACAUCGGUGAGAUCCAUCCAUACACUAAUGAAUUAUAUAGUGCACUAUAUUUUGGGCUAUUAGUCAUCAGGACUGUAUUAUAUAUAUUUUUUCUUUUUCUUCUUUUUUCUUUUCUUUUCUUUUUUAUAUAUUUUUUCAUUUUUUUAUUGUAUUUUUUCUGGACUUUUUCCAUUUUUUGGAUCAUUACCCAUUGUAAAUGGAUACAUAGCUCAUAAAAUUCAGCACAGGGAGGAUUUUGUGUGUAUAUGUAAAUAAUCUAUGUACAUAGGAUGAAAUGAGUGUUACUAUGAUUAACUUUAUGAACUUAUCAAAUAAUUAUUACAAUAAAUAUUUUUGCAAUCAUAUACAGGAUUAGAUUUUACUGUAAUCGUUUUGAGUGCGGUAUUCAUAUUUGUUUAUGAUUUAGAUUAGGAGGUUGUUGUGGGGUUAAACCUCGAAUACCUGCACCUUGCAUAAUUGAGUGCCAGCACAUAUUGUGUUUUUGUAUAUUGUUCCUGUAAGUUUAUUUGUAAUUGUCCUAUUUAUAGUUAAAUCCCCUCUCAUAAUAUUGUAAAGCGCUACGGAAUCUGUUGGCGCUAUAUAAAUGGCAAUAAUAAUAAUAAUAAAAUAAUAAUUCAUCUCUAUGAGGAGAUGCUGAUUGGCCAGGGCUGUGUUUGAGUCAUGCUGGCUCUGCCCCUGAUCUGCCUCCUUGUCAGCCUCAGCAAAUCCUAUGGAGAAGCAUUGUGAUUGGAUCAGGCUACCACUUCUGAUGAUGUCAGUAGACUGCUUGUUUUUCUGAGACAAAAAGCAUGCAGAGUUACAGCUUCAGGCUUGAUUAACACCCUAAGGACUGAGCCAAAUGUACACAUUGUGAUCAAAACAAAACGUAAACAAAAACUUGAAAUUGCGCUAUAUGUGCACCCACACUUAUUAUAUAUAAUUUUAUUCAGGGGAAACAGGGCUUUCAUUUAACAUCAAAUAUUUAGGUAUAAAACAUAAUUUAAUAUGAAUAAAAUAUUAAAAAAUGCGAGAAAAUAAGAAUUUUAAAAUAAAUGUUUAGUUCUACGUGACAUUCUAACUGUGAAUGUCAUAAUACGGUUUGCUUUUACUGCAAUAAAAUACACAUAUUUGUAUUCAUCGAUGUCUCACGUGUAAAACAGUACCCCCUAUGUACAGGUUUUAUGGUGUUUUGGGAAGUUACAGGGUCAAAUAUAGCAUGUUAAAUUUUUCAAUUUUUUCGAAUUGAAAUUCACCGUAUGGUAACCCAGGAAUGAGAAUUACCCCCAUGAUGGCAUACCAUUUGCAAAAGUAGACAACCCAAGGUAUUGCAAAUGGGGUAUGUUGCAAGGACCCUGCAAUCACAUGGCCCAGGGGGGCCAAAGAGGAAGGAGGGGGACUCCCUGGGCUCCCAGAUAAGUCCCCAUACCGCGAUCACCGGCAACCGGGUAAGUACAUAGAACGGCAGGGACGUGCUAUGCCGCCUCUGGCGUUUAGAGCCAGGUCCCUAAGGACGGCAUAGCACGUCCCCCGUCCUUAAGGGAAUACAGUAAGAUUUUGCUAUAUUUAUGGAGGCAUGAGGGGCCCAGGGGGGCUAGAUGGUGGUUUUAACACUAUAGGGUCAGGAAUACAUGUUUGUGUUCCUGACCCUAUAGGGAUUCUUUAAUCUGAUAUGUAAUGACUCAAUGGGCAAUGUUGUAUGGCAAUAAAUACUCAGAUUUAUAGGCUGAGAAAUAAAUAUAUAUUUUCUUUAACUCAAGUUUUGAGUGCGGUAUCAUGCUUGUCUAUUGUAUAUGUCCAAGGUAUUUAUAUGUGGGCAACCCUGAUACCUCCACCAUUAUGGAUAAGAGAGUGCCUGUACAUGUUGAACUUUCUUCCACAUUGUUAUGUUGCUGCCUUAUGCUACAAUUGUUACUUAUUUUCAACUUCGAUCUACACUCAUUACCCCAUAAUGACAAAGCAAAAACAAGAUUUGACACAAUUGCAAAUAUAUUAAAGGGCCACUAUAGGCACCCAGACCACUUCAGCUGAAUGAAGUGGUCUGGGUGCCAGGUCCAUCUAGGGUUAACCCUGCCUGCUGUAAACAUAGCAGUUUCAGAGAAACUGCUAUGUUUACAGCAGGGUUAAUCCAGCCUCUAUUGGCUGUCUCAUUGACAGCUGCUAGAGGCGCUUCCACGCUUCUCACUGUGAUUUUCACAGUGAGAAGACACCAGCGUCCGUAGGAAAGCAUUGCUCUUGCUACGCAUGCGCAUUCAGCGGAUGACGUCGGAAGAGGGAGGAGAGUCCCCGGCGCUGGAGAAAGGUAAGAAUUUAACCCCUUCCUCUCCUUUCAGAGGGUGGGGGGGGCCCAAAGACCCUAUAGUGCCAGGAAAACAAGUUUGGAUUUUCUGGCACUAUAGUGGUCUUUUAAAUAGACAAAACUGCAAUAUCACAUUGACAAAAGUAUUACAUAGAAACAUAGAAUGUGACGGCAGAUUAGAACCAUUCGCCCCAUCUAGUCAUUCCAAUCUUCUAAAUACUUUCAUUUAGUCCCUGGCCUUAUCUUAUCGCUAGUACAGCCUUAUGCCUAUCCCACGCAUGCUUAAAGCGGCACUGUCAUGCCAAACUUACCUUUCCCCAAUCGAUUCCUCUUCUCUCUCUCUGUCAGGAUUUGUUCUUCAUUUCUUCCUGUGUGCUUUAGUUUUCUUUAAAACAUAAGACAACGUAGGGACUAUUUGCUCUUAUGGAGGUUUCCACGCCUGACCAGCGGAGGAGCAAAGUGUGCUCCUUUUCUUGUGGGCAGAGAAAUGUGUCCACAAUUCUUACCUUUCCUCCUUUCCUUGCGAUGCUUCCUGUCAGUAUUCCAGAACAUCCUGUCACUUAGACAGAAUGCCUGUGAAACUACCAAAUUUCAUCCUAACAGAAUGAGAGCAGUUUCUCCAUUCGUGUUAGGAUUCAACUCGGGACUUUGUUCAUAUCGGAAUUUCAUUCUAAUGAAUGAAAUUCUGAUCUGAUUCGUACCACGGCUGCCUCUUGCAGCUGCUUAGUAGAUAACUCCCUAAUUCCCACAGUAGUAGGGAGCUAUCUACCAAAAGGCUGAAAGACCUAAAUUGGUCUUUCAACCAAAUUUACUAAUACUAAGUUUAAAAACUGUUAUAAACAAAAACAAAAAAACCCUAGUGUCCACCCUCCCGAGCCCCCACCUGUACUGCACGAGUGGGUGCUAUUAAACUGAAGGGGGGACCUAGCGUGUGUGUCCCGGCCCUGACCCAAAAUGAAAAUGGGAGGUGAGCUAUUGCUCUUCCCCGGCCCCUACCCAUGAGCGGCGGGUGGGGACCCUAAAUGAAAAUGUUGAACAUUCUGACAUACAAUGUUUCUAAUAUUCUGAGGCGGAAUGUUCUAUGGACACUGGGUGUUGUGGAAAAGCAAUUCCAGGGCAGAGUUUAGUAAAUGGAGCUGUCACUAUGUAAUUUAAAUUAAUGUCCCUGAUGCAGAUUUUUCAUCAGAAUCAUUUAAAUAAAUAGCAUAUGUUCUCCCUUAAUGAAUAUGGUUGUCAGAGAAGGGCCACUGAUGCACUAAUUACACAAUAUUAGACAAUGGAGUAAAAUGCCUCCCAGCCCAGAGCUAGUCACACACACUCUCCUUGCAGCCAUGGGAUAACAUGGGGCCCCUGGGAAGUCUGAUUGGGGAGCUGGCUGCUGUAGAGGACUGCAAUUCCUAGCAAAUCUCUAUAGGACUGCGCUACCCCUCACACUCCGUCAACCAAAGUAGUGAUCUGUGACUGAGCACCAUAGGAAGUGGAGUACACAGCAGCCGGAGAGUUUCCUGUUCCGCUUGCUGGUGUCGAGCUGUUCCACUGACAUGGUGCUGGCUGGUAUCACAGACACUGGAUUCUCCUGACCGGACUCUCUGCACAGCCUUCAACCCCGCUGGCUCGUGCCAAAACAGCUCUGGAUCCAGCGUGUUUGAGUCAUGUGACGAGGCAGAAGCUCCUCCCACUCUUUCGGCUCUCUUUGAAAUGGAAUAGGCUCAUUUUCGGCCGCCAAACUUUUGGUGCAUCCCUAGUCUCCAGUACUGCGUUAAAUACUCCAAGUGAGGUCUCACUGGUGUUCUGUACAAUGGCAUGAGCACUUCCCUAUUUCCACUGCUAAUACCUCUCCCUAUACAACCAAGCAUUCUGUUAGCAUUUCCUGCUGCUCUAUUACAUUGUCUGCCUACCUUUAAGUCAUCUGAAAUAAUUACCCCUAAAUUCCUUUCCUCAGAUGUUAAUGUCAGGACUCUGCCCUUGGGUUUAUACGUCCAAGAUGCAUUAUCUUGCACUUAUCCACAUUACAUGUCAACUGCCACAACUCUGACCGUUUUUCUAGUUUACCUAAAUCAUUUUCCAUUUGGCUUAUCCCUCCUGGAACAUUUUGUAUAGUAUGCCCUAUUGUAUAUUGUUAAUUAAGUCAUCAAUUAUAAAGUCAAGUAAUAACCUUACCUGAAGUUAAGCUCAACGAGCCUUUUAGGGCUGCCUAAGUAAUUUUUACCGGGUGUGCAACUAGCUCCUGGCACAAAAGUGCAAAUUUCUCAGUUUCCAUCAGAAACAUUGAACAUACAGAUUACUACCACUUUGAUCAUUUCUAGAAGCUUAAGUGAUCAUGGUGGUUGGAGUAACAUUUAAAUCCGUUCUUAGUUGAAGCACCUAUGGCAGUUAUUAAAGGCUCAAGUCUUUUUGGGUAUCAUGCGACGAACUGUGCACACCUGGAUGUGGGUAGCUACUGCAGUUCAUUUUUACAGUUCCUGUCAAGCUCUAUCAGGUUGGAUGGACAGUAUCUGUUGACAGACAAUAUUAGGCCUCUUCAAGGAUGUUUGCUUGGGUUCAAGUGUGGGAUAUUUACAGAGUUGUCCCCAGUGGUGUAUCCUGGUUUUGUGCUGCCCUAGGCAGGACAAAACUCAGGCACCCCCCCGCGCCACCCCCACCCGCGCAACCGCCACCCAACCUUCCCCCCUGCUCCGCCUUCUAAAUACACACACACACAUUCACUGACAGAUACGCAUUCACUAGCUAACAGAAACACACAGUCACUAACAGACACACACUCACACACUCACUAACAGACACACACACUCACAGGCAAACACACACACACACUAACAGGCAAACACACACACUAACAGACAUCCACACUAACAGACAUCCACACUAACAGACAUCCACACUAACAGACAUCCACACUAACAGACAUCCACACUAACAGACAUCCACACUAACAGACAUCCACACUAACAGACAUCCACACACUAACACUAACAUACAUACACUAACAUUAACAUACACACUAACACUAACAGACACACACACUAACAUACACACUAAUAUACACACAGACAUCCACACACACUAACAUACACACACUAACACUAACAUACACACACUAACACACACAUACUAACAUACACACACUAACACUAACAUACAUACACACACUAACAUACACACUAACAGACAUCCACACACACACUAGCAGACAUACACACACUCACUAGUGUUUUUUUUAUUUAACCCCCCCAGCCUCCUUACCUUUGGUAAUGCUGGGGGGGUUCUUCCUCUCCCUGGGGUCCAGUGCCUGCAGCGCUGGGCGGGCGGGCUGCAGGCACGGCGAGGGAGCUCUUCCCCUGAGCGCUCAGGGGAAGAGCUCCCUCGCCGGCCGGCCGCCCGCCCGCCCGCCCGCCCAGCGCUGCAGCCACUGCCGCCCAGCGCCCAGAAUGUCUGUUAGCCGCGAGGCUAACAAGACAUUUGCCUUGGGCAUUUGGGGGGUGGUUUUUUGACGCCCCCUGAAAAAUGCCGCCCAAGGCAAAUGCCUUGUUUGCCUCGCGGCUAAUACGCCCCUGGUUGUCCCUAUGCCACUCUUGGGCUUUCCAAAUCAUGUCAAUAGAAACUUCCCAAAGAAGAUCAAGAAAAAUUGGAUUCAUCUCAGCUAAAUUUUAGAGGGACACUGUAAAGUCACCAUAGCAACUUUAGCUUAAAGGACCACUAUAGUGCCAGGAAAACAUACUCAGGGUCCCCCUCCCGCCCGGCUCUGGAAAGGGGAAAGGGGUAAAAACUUACCUUUUUCCAGCGCUGGGCGGAGAGCUCUCCUCCUCCGAUCCUCCUCUUCUCCUCCCCGUCUGCUGAAUGCGCACGCGCGGCAAGAGCUGCGCACGCGUUCAGCCGGUCACAUAGGAAAGCAUUCAUAAUGCUUUCCUAUGGACGCUGGCGUGCUCUCACUGUGAAAAUCACAGUGAGAAGCACGCAAUCGCCUUUAGUGGCUGUCAAUGAGACAGCCACUAGAGGAAAUAGGGGAAGGCUUAACCCAUUCAUAAACCCAUUUAUGGAAAAAAUGGGUUAACCCUAGCUGGACCUGGCACCCAGACCACUUCAUUAAGCUGAAGUGGUCUGGGUGCCUAGAGUGGUCCUUUUAAUAAAGCAGUUUUUGUGUAUAGAUCAUGCCCCUGACGUCUAACUACUCAACUGUCUGUCAUUUAGAAAUUAAAUCACUUUUGUUUUUGGAUCAACAGCAAAAAACAAAUGUGAGGAAGGCUGAACUUGAUGGACGCAAGUCUCUUUUCAGCUAUGUAACUAUGUCCAUGCAGCCAUAGCCACACCUUGCCUGGCUGUAGCUGACACAGCCUGCAUGACAAAAAAAUGGUUUCAUUUUCAAUCAUGUUACUUUAAACGUUUGUAUCUCCUGUCUAAAUUGAACUUUAAUUAAAUGCAAGAUGCUCCUGCAGGGUCUAGCAAGCUAUUAACAUAGCAGGAGAUAAUAAAUUCUAAAUUAAACCGGAUUUGCAAUAAAGGAAGUGUAAACAUUAGAUGACUCUUUACAGGAAGUGUAAGGGUUGCAUAAACAAAGUGAUUUAAAUCCUAAAUGGCAGAGAAUUGAGCAGUGAGACUGCAAGGGCAUAGUCUAUAAACCAAAAUUGCUUCGUUAAAUAAAAGUUGUUUUGAUGACCAUAGUGUCCCUUUAAGUAUCAUAGCAAAGGUUUUUGGGACUGUCAAAUCAAUGUAAUACUUCAGUUUCAUGUUGUUGUUUUUGUAAUAAAUUAGCAGUUUUUAAAAAUCUGUUUUUUUUUUUUUGUUUGUUUGUUUUUUUGCUUUGUCUUAAUGGGGUAUUGAGUGUAGACUGAUGUUAUAAAAAAUAUAUAUAUAUAUAUAUAGCCAAAUGCUAUGACAUAAAAAUGUAAAGAAAAGCCGGGUCAGUAUAUUUACUUAUUGCUAGUUACUGUAACUGCGUGUGCAGAAGUUUUAUUACGCUUUAGCAAUCUAAGUUUUGUCCCACGUUUGGAUAUAUUAAUUGAGUGCUCUUGUUCGGUACAUGCCUUCAGUGCUGAAUUGUAAGAUUUAUUUUUUUUCUGUAUUGAAUUGCUGUAGCCUUUUCUGUGCAUCCAAAAUCAGGGCACAGGAGGUCCCAUGAGGCUCCCAAUGUUCAGAAGGCCCAGGAGGCGUUUGCAUGUCAUGGCAUUCCAAAUGCGUUACUGUGCACGUAAAAACACAGCACCAUGUUCUAGCUAAAAAAUGUAUUUACGUCAGCUAAUUACAGCUGUGGUGCCUGUCUGACAGCAAGGGUGCUUUUCUAGCCAGGGAUACCAUCUCCAAACCCCCCCAACCCAUACCCAGCUCAUACUGAUGACGUACUGAUUACCCUUACUGACCCAGUUACUUCGUAACCCAUGUUAGUAUUUCAAAUUACGAACUUAAUGCUGAUAAGUCCUCGGUUAUGCCUAAGAACAUAGACAAAUAUUCUUUGCAUUUUUUUUUUUUUUUAAAGACUGAUUUUCGAACUCACUUUAAUUAUAACAAAUAACGUUUUAGGUUUAAUAAUAGCAAAUAGCAAUAGUAAAUCUAUGAUUUGUCACCUUAAAAUACUUAUGUAUCAUCUUUUUUUUAUUUAGUACAUGAAUAUUAUUAUAUAUUUUUCAAAUGACUAGUCCUGCAUUGCCCUAAAAAAUGGAAAUGCCAGAAAAGAGUCAACUUCUUCCCAUGAAAACUGGAGGCGGAAAAGGCUCUCUGCAGCAUCGGAAAUUCAUGAGUAUCAUGAAUAGAUAAUGGAAAAACCAUGAAAAGGGGCAUUUAUAUCUACAACUGUUCAAAUUACAGGGAUCAGAAGCAUGGAAAGAGCUUCCAAAACUGGAUGUUCCUAUUGCCAAGUUAUCAAAGAAGACUAAAAUUCCGAUUGGGGAAGUAGCAGGACUCCAUGGAUCACAGAAACAUCUUGCAGAUGUUUUUCCUAGACUCAGCAUAUCAGAGCAGGAGCUUUAGUGGCAAUAGCGUAGAAUAUUUUUUUGCAGUCAGUGAAAGAAUGCCUCACAGGGGAUUCUGCAGAUGAUUCUUCUCUUAAGCCACAUCAGUCUAGCGGAUACUUUUAUUUUUUAUUUUUUUUUAAGCAAAAUGACAGACUAGGCUCUAGAAAUCUCUGCCAGAAACAUGGGAUUUUCAUCAGUAGCCAGAAGAGCUAUCUGGCUUAAAGGACAACUCCACAGGUCCCAACACUCCUAAAAGAAACCCACAGUUUAAUAUAUAUACCCUCAAUGAAUACAUGUAUGCAUAUUUUCAUGUAUGUAUUCUUUGGGAGUAUAGUCUAAAAGAGCUUACAAAUGCUGGAGUUCUUAUGACUGCAACCUUUGUAAGCCCUCCCCUUUUUUACUGGAAGAGACUCUGUCUCUUCACAGGAAAAUACCCAUACUCGAUGAGAAGCCUCUGACUUUGUGCACGCGUGCGCCGGCUCGUGCAUGCAGACUCACACUAUUGUGUGCAUGUGCACAGUCAUACACUGAAGUGUGCACGCAUGCGCACCCUAUUGCGUGUGCACAUCUGAGUCUGAGGAGCUGAUCUGAGUGCUGUCAGGGAGGGAGGGUGAGGCAGGAAUGCUCAAGUAGAGAGUGUGCCUGUAACUUCUUUUAGCUCAGGGGGCCUAACGGAAGUAGGAAGGAAUAUAAAUUAACUAGGGAACUCCCCCCUGGCUGUCAAUCAAACAGCCAGGGGGGAGUUCCCUAGUUAAUUAAUAAAAGUUAUGUUUUCUCAUAGAAAACAUCUAAAAAAAAAUUAGCUUGCUAAAGUGCUUUAUGUGAAAAGAGUGCUCUUUUUUAUUUUAAAAAAGUACAGAUUUCAGUAAAAAUUGCACUUUUAUAAAUUAACUAGUUGUACCCCACUGGCUGUCAAUCAGACAACUGGUCCUGUUACUUCCUGGUUGUUUAGCUCCAGGAGCUCAACUCAGGAGGCAGGCAAUUGCCCAAAGUACACGCCUUGCAAAGCCUUGUCAGAUAUCUGCAUUACAAGGUCUGUGGUUGGACAGCCAAAGAAAGUCUGGGCUGGGGAAUAAGGAGAAGGCUUACAAAAGCUGCCAACGAGACCUGCAGCUCUUGAAAGCUGUUUUAUAUUUAAUUAAAUGUAUGCAUUUUUGUUUGUUUUUUAUUUGAGCAGUGGAAUGUCCCUUUAAUUUCAAGGAUAGGAGCAUAGAAACAUCUAAAUCCUCCUUUGCACAUUUGAUUACAGGAGCUAUUCAAAUAGCCUACAAAGAAGUAUUUUUGGCUUUCAAUAUUAAAGCUCAUUCUCCCAGAGCAAUGGCUACGAUUUUACCUAAGAAAGCAAUGGCAUUUCCUGAAAACAUUUGUAGAGUAGCGACAUGGUCUUCAUUCAAUACCUUAAUUCAUCAUUACAGGCUAGACAUCUUUUCCUCAGCAGAAGCUUCUUUCGGGCUUAAGGUGUGACAAGUAUGGUUUUAUAGGAGUGACCUACACUUUUUAUUUUAGGGAACUUGUUAAAUGCGUCCUGUACUGCUGCUACAUGCCAGGAAAAACUGAAUUUUUACUUACCUUAAAUGUAUAUAUUCCCUCUAUUUCUAAAUUAUUACCGUAUAUACUCGUGUAUAAGUCGAUCUCAUGUAUAAGUCGAGGGCAGUUUUGUGACCAACAAUUGUGAACUAUGCUAUGCCUCGUGGAUAAGUCGAGGGUAAAACUUGGGGCUAUGAAAUUCUGUGAUUUUUAUAAUUAUAUACACACACACACUCAUACAAACUGCAUUAUAUACACACACACUCAUACAUUCUGCAUUACACACACUCAUACACUAUACACACACAUACACUCUGCAUUAUACACACACAUACACUCUGCAUUAUACACACACUCUGCAUUAUACACACACACUCACACACACUGCAUUAUACAUACACACUCACACACACUCUGCAUUAUACACACACACACACUCACACACACACUCUGCAUUAUACACACACACACUCAUACACACACUCUGCAUUAUACACACACUCAUACACACACUCUGCAUUAUACACACACACACUCAUACAAACAAUCUGCAUUAUACACACACACUCAUACAAAAACACACUGCAUUAUAUACACACACACUCUGCAUUAUACACACACACUCAUACAAACAAUCUGCAUUAUACACGCACACUCAUACAAAAACACACUGCAUUAUAUACACACACACACUCAUACAAACAAUCUGCAUUAUACACACACACACUCAUACAAACACACACUCUGCAUUAUAUACAGACACACUCAUACAAACACACACUCUGCAUUAUAUGAGAGCAUUCUUUACAUCUCUAUCUUGUGAGUGUACUAAAUUGUUAUAUAAUGCAGAGUGUGUGUGUUUGUGUAUAAUGCAGAGUGUGUGUUUGUAUGAGUGUGUAUACAAUGCAGAGGGUGUGUUUGUAUGAGUGUGUGUUUGUGUGUGAACUGGGUGGGGGCGGGCAUUUUUAUUAUUUUUAAUUUUAAUAUUUAAAAAAAUUUAUUUUAGUAGUUUUUUUUAUUUUAGUAUUAUUUUUUUAUUUUAUUAUUUACUUUUUUAAUUUUAAUAUUUAAAUUUUUUUAAUUGUAAUAUUAUUUGUUUUAUUAUUUAAUUUUUAUUUUCGUCCCCCCCUCCCGGCUUGUUAGCUGGCCAGGGAGGGGGGCUCUCAUUCCCUGGUGGUCCGGUGGAUGGGCUGUGUAGGGGGGGCUGGCAGAGAGCUGUUACUUACCUUUCCUGCAGUUCCUGUCAGCUCCCUUCUCCUCUGGUCCAGUCAGCUCGGCUGUAAGUCUCGCGAGAGCCGCGGGGUCAGAGCCCGUGGCAACGCUCCGCGCGGCAGUCACACCGCGAGACUUACAGUGGAUGAGAAGGGAGCUGACAGGAGCUGCAGGAAGUUAAGUAAAAGCUAUAUGCCAGCCCCCAACAGGACCGCCGGGCUUGUAAUGAGCCCGGCAGUCCUGCUCUGUAUUAUGGCAAUGUAAGUUGCCAUAAUACAGACACUGACUCGAGUAUAAGUCGAGUGGGGUUUUUUGCUGAACUAGACUUAUACUUGAGUAUAUAUGGUAUUUUUUUUUCAUACUUUGGCUCAGUGUAUAUAUUCCCUCUAUUUCUAAAUUACUUUUUUUUUUUCAUCAUUUGGCUCAGUGUGAUUUUUUUUUUUUGCUAUAACUUGGGUGCCUAAGUUUCGGAAGGUGUGAGGUGGUGGGACAUGCUAUCUCAUAAAUUUUAGUUUUGAAGGCAAUACUAUAAAAAUGGAAUGUAUGGGAUACGGUUGUACAAAAUCUAAAACAGGGAACACAAAAAAAAACAUAUAGUGUAACAGUUAUAUGCAAAUGUUCAUGUGCAACAAUUUAGUACACUCAUGAGAUAGAGAUGUAAAGAGCACUCUAGGGUGCCGACCCCGAUUUGAAUGAGAGCAUUCUUUACAUCUCUAUCUUGUGAGUGUACUAAAUUGUUGCGCAUGAAAAUUUGCAUAUAACUGUUACACUAUAUUGUUUUGUGUUCCCUGUUUUAGAUUUUGUACAGCCGUAUCCCAUACGUUCUCUGUUUUCCUAUAUAUAUUGCACUAAGGUCGUUUUUUGGGUUACGAUCUUGGGAGGCUGUCUAUUUAAAUUUUUAAGAUAAGUAUAUUUUAUACUUAAGCUACUACACUAUUCACAUUGUGGUGUUGUAUUUGUUGUUUGUAAUACUAUAAAAGGCUGUUUUCCUGGCAAACAGCACCCUUUAGUGCCCACCCUAUGUCAAGCCCCCCUUCUGUGACUUCCCUCAGUGCAGUUCUGAUGUUCCUCGGCGCUGUUCGUGCUCCACCUCGGCGGGUGGACCUAAUCUGCAUGCAUGCCAAUGGCGGCUUUCACAUUAUUACUUUCCCCAUCAGAAAGCAAAAGUUGCCUAACGACCCUGAAGUCCCUCUAGUGGCUGUCUGGUAGAGGUGGAGUUAAUACACAAAGGUAAUUAUUGCAGUUUAUUAUAACUGCAAUAAUUACCUUUGCAGGGUUAAGGGACCUGCCAAUAUGCACCCAGAUCACUUCAAUCACUGGGUGCCUAUAGUGUUAAUUUUUAAUAGGAUGCUACCUCUCCACUAGACUUAGGAAUUAUCUCCUGUCCUGCUGCUCCUCCUGUACAGUUCUCAUUAGGCUGCAUUGGGAAAUACAAGUAGACAAAAUGAAUGAAUAGAAAUUUUGGAGGGCAUACAAAGGUUUCAUAUAAGAGAGAUACACUCAAUUAAAACAAAAAGCAUAAUUGAAUGUAUGCAUGGUUUCAUUGGAGUAUAUUUGCUAAACAGUAAUUUCUUUAUUUUUAAUGUUGGAAUUUGACUCUGACUUUCACUCCUCUUCGUCUGACUCUUAAUCUCUGGGCAGAGGUACAGUGUCAAUGCCCACAGCCAUCAACAGUGAUGGCUGCAGGGAAUUGGCUCUGUCUAUGGAGGGUCUAGCGGUAUUGUCCACGGACCACAAUUCUGUACUUUCGCUCAUGAAGUUGAAGUCUUUGUGAGUCCCCAGACAGUGACAGUGCCGCUUAAAGUAAUCAUGGAGCUCAGAAACAGGGAUGCAUAAAGAAGCAUUUAAAUUUUUUGCUAAUGUGAAAUAUUUUUUAAAAUGUUUAUCUUUUGUAAAAUUUCACUUUUUAAACAUAUAAAUUGUACAGUCACUGGGUUAGAGUCUGUCUGUCAAAUGACAUCCAAAAAUGAGUUGCAGAUACGUGCAUAAGUUGUCAGUUUGGUGAAUGCCAAGUUGACUCAUCACUGGCCAGAUGUCUGGGAGUAGACUUGCUUGAUUAGAUUUUCUCUGUAAAACAUCAGAUUUUUUUUUCCAGAGAUAUUCAGGUGGCACACCCCUGUAUAUAUAACAUGCUGUGAACUGACUGUACCUGAACUAAAUAUUCCCUUGUGCUUCCUAUAGUGAGUUGUUGGUAUUUUUUUUUUUUUUUUUUACAAAAUUAGUGUUGAUUUGGGAUUUCAACAUGCGUUUGAAAGGCAAUGCAAAUCACACAGAUAUAUCACACAGGCCAUUUCUUGGCCGUCAUCCUGUUUCACUGUCCUGUGGGGAUCACUAAUAAUCUAGCAGAACAGUUCAUAAAAAAACAUGACAUUCAACAGAGCUGAAUGAGGACAAAUCACGUGUAAUCUGAUUUUAUUCUGGCUAGUUUUAUAUUGUUUAGUUACUAAGUACAAUGACCCUACAUUUCUGUAAAAUCACACACUUCGAAAUCUCUUUAUGUCAUUUUAGGCAACUUAUCCUGUAAUGAAGCUGAAGUUCUAGAACCAGGCAGAUUAAUCUAAAUGUAGAUAUUAUUUCAGAGUUCUAUUCUGAAAGGACUUUUAUUUUGCUUAUGUUAAGUCUCAUGCUGCAAUGAAUAGAUAGAUCAUAAAUGUAUAUGAUUAACAAAUAAAACCCUGUAAAUACUCCAAUUGUAGAGAAUUUAAAGAUUGCCACAUUGUCUCCUAGUCGCCAUUCCCUUGCCUAAUGGUGUUUGCACCAAGUGUCCAUUUGCUUUGUUUGAGAUUUAUUUUCUCACAGCUAAAAGGAAAGCAACAGAAUAAUGCUAGUUGUAAUAAUGGAAAUUGAGGCCGAGGAUGGCAGCUAUGUAACAUACAAAUCAGGUAUAAUAUUUAGUUCCAUGACAAAGGCCCACUUGAAAAUUCCCAAUGGCAAAACCCCCACAGUCAUAGUUAUUGUCAGGCACAGAGAAAAAAAAACUGACUUUUUCAUUUAUAUAAAAACAUUUACUUCAUAUUUCAAACUGCUGAAUGUAUAUAGUUUAUUUCUUACAAACAAUAUAGUUUACUAGAACAUUUGUUAUUAUUUGUCUGUAUUGCCUCCAUUGUGCAGCACUGCAGAACAUGUUGGCGCUUUAUAAAUUGCAAAUAAUAAUCCUAAGUGAAAUUUAGAAAAUCCAAUAAUAGAAAAUGUGGAUGAAAAUCUCAGGGAAAUUACAUAAAAUAAAACGAUCUUGUUAUGUUACAUAGGCUGAAAAGAGACAUGUGUCCAUAAAGUUCAGCCUUCCUCACAUUUGUUUUUUGCUGUUGAUCCAAAAGAAGGCAAAAAAAACCCCCAGUUUGAAGCAUUUCCAAUUUUGCAACAAACUCAGAAAAAAAUUCCCUCUUGACCCCAGAAUGGCAGUCAGAUUUAUCCUUGGAUCAAGCAGUUUUUACCCUACAUUGAAAGAUUAUAUCCUUGAAUAUUCUGUUUUUGCAAGUAUGCAUCUAGUUGCUGUUUAAACAUAUGUACGGACUCUAAUAAAACCACUUUUUCAGGCAGAGAAUUCCACAUCCUUAUGGUUCUUACAGUAAAAAAAACCUUUGCUUUGUCUUAGAUGACAUCUCCUUUCUUCCAGUCUAAACACAUCACCUCGUGUCCUAUGUAAAGUCCUGUUUAUGAACAGAUUUUCACACAAUGGUUUGUAUUGGCCCCGGAUAUAUUUGUAUAAUGUUAUCAUAUGUCCCAUGAGUCGACAUUUUUCUAAACUAAAGAGGUUUAAAUUUGUUAACCUUUCUUAAUAGCUAAAUUGUUCCAUUCCUUUUAUUAGUUUUGUAGCCCGCCUCUGCACUCUUUCUAGUGCCAUAAUAUCCUUCUUGAGAACAGGUGCCCAAAAUUGCACAGCAUAUUCAAUAUGUGGUCUUACCAGUGAUUUAUAAAGAGGCAAAAUGAAUGCCCUUUUUCAUGCAUGACAAUACCUUACUGGCCUUAGCCAUGGCACAUUGUUGCAUAGUUUGUUGUAACAAUUACCAAGUCCUUCUCCUGUGUUGUUCUCUCUAAUUUGCUUCCAUUAAGGGUAUACGUUGCUUGUGCAUUCUUUACACUGAAGUGCAUAACUUUGCAUUUUUCAACAUUAAAUUUCAUCUGCCAUUUGAGUGCCCAGUGCCCCAGUCUAUCUAAAUCCCUCUGUAGCAAAGUAAUAUCUUGCUCACAUUGUAUUACUUUACAGAGUUGUGUGUCAUCUGCAAGCACUGAAACAUGACUUUCAAUGCUUUUUUCUAGAUCAUUUAUAACCAUGUUAAAUAGAAGAGGUCCCAGAACAGAACCAUGAGGGACACCUCAGGGUGUUUUUGCAACUAAAACCAUUUCUUUUAUUUAUGAAAACUAUUUAAUCUUUGUCCUACGACAUGAACAGUUAAGACUUAUUUUUUUUUCUCAACAAACAAUUCAGACAGAUGUCAAUGAUUUAUUUAUUUGUCAAUGAUUUUAAUAUAAUUUGCAUUAUUGUAAAUUAGACAAUCUCUGCAAGUAUUUCAGUUUCUUACGUGCUCAUAUACUUUCAUAAAUUUGGCAACCAAUUCAUGCAGCGCAUCAUAUCUUCUCUUCUUCACCUCUAGAUGCCUGUAUUAGCCCAUGUCAAUCUGUGUGAGUCCAUCAAACAGAAACCACUUGCUGGUAUGACUGCAAUGGAAUAUGGAAUUAAAUAAAUAAAUAAGUGCAAUGGGAAACAACCGUUCAAGAGCUGUAUCAUGAUGAUUCCAUAUUCUUAUUGGAAAACCCUGGUCUGAACUGCUGUACUCUUUUCCUUCUACUGCCAGAAGGUAACUGCAGCAUUUGGGGUAGGGGAAUGCUAAACAUUAGUAGAUGGAUUAUAGCAGUUGCAUGUGAAUAUAUGUGUCUAAGGAGCUGCAGUUCCUUUAUUUAAAAUCAACAAAGAAAAACAGAUACUGCGUUACUGUGUGAUAUGAGAAAAGGCACCAAGACUUACUCCUGGUGCCCAAAAAAAUAACGCACAGACUCAGAUCUUACCCAAAUAUAAUAUAUAGCUCAAAAAAUGGAUGAAUAAUGAAAAAUAAAUCAAAUAAACUUAACCUUUAUUCAAAUACAUGAUAAAAAAAUGAAAAGAAAAUCGUGCAAAGUGUAUUCCGUGGUUAAAAAGGGGGAUCUAAUGGAGAUUACUGGCACUGAUCCAAAAAAGAGCUAAUAGACAAGGAUAUCUUAUCAACAUAAAUCAAGAAAAAUACCUGUAUCUAUAUGGAUAAUACUUAAACACAUACAUUUAUGUCUUGUUCCCAAAUAAAGGUAUAUCAAGUUAUAAUAACUAGCUAAUAAGAUUGUGAUACAAAAAAACACUUCCCAGAGGGCAAGAUAUCAGUACAAUACCCUCAAAUGAGCACUAAGUUAUAUACUUGUAGAUAGAAAAAAAGCUAUCAGCUAAUAUAGAUAUGCACUCAAAGGAUAUUCUGUGUUAGUAGUGAAGCUCAAAAUGCAAUAAUAACACUAUAUUGUAACAAAUGUGUCUAGAAAGGAAAACAUUCCCAUUAAUCAAUUAAGGCACUUAGAACUAUAGAGUCUGUCAGCUAGCACACUGUCCACCCAUAAACUCCUUAAGGACACAGUUUCAGAAAUAAAAUGAAAUCAUGACGGAAUAUUUCCGUCAUGUGUCCUUAAGGGGUUAAGAAGUGUUGGUAAAGAGGAUAAAUAUAUCAAACAUGAGGAUAUUAAUAUUAGCAAAAAUACAUAUAUCAGAGACUGAGUGGUAUUGCAGUAGAUAUAUAUAUUCAUUGUAUUUAGUGUAAGUCCCUAUGUGACCUAAACAGAGAAAUCACAAAGGGACUAAUACCCUAUAUCCACAAAUAGCCAGACCCAACAGUCUCAAAGUAUCUGGAAAACAGAAAAAUCAGUGUAGUUUCCCAAUUAGACACUUCGUACUGUGCCCCUAAUAUAGCUCUAGCAAAACAGUAUAAUUAUCAUAUGGUUGUCUUCUCAGCUAUUAUAUACUGACAGCAGAUAGAGCCCCCAAGCUGAGUCAAUCCAUAAUUGUACUUAUAGUGGGUAGAAAAAACUAGUCCUUGAAGUGAAGUUAAAAUAACUUACAAAAAUAUAGCUUGUUUUAUGCUCAGUAUAAAUCCAUUAGAAUCCCUAAAAAAUAAAACGCAGCUAAAAAGCAGCAUAGCAAAGCUCAACGCGUUUCGGCGCUUUCUUGCGCCUUUUUCAAGAGCUAAACAGAGUCAGAGUCAGCAUGUGUUUAAAAAGCGUAAGACCGCACCCCUUAGGACGUCAUACAGCCAAUCACAUCGUGAUACGUCGGUCGUGGGAGGUUCUAGAUUAUGUUAUAUUCAAGAGAUAGGCUGGUCCAUCCCUGUACGUGGCAGUCGAAAGACCCGCCCCACUAUGCUGUCAGGCAACCAAUCAGGCAGAUACUCCAACAUAGUGGGCGCGGUGCAUAUAAUUGACGGUCGCGACAGCGAAUCGUAUCUUUGAAGGGACGGAACUUAGAAUAUUGAAACGCCCCCUUUAUAUGCCGUUUUCAUUACAUACCAGAAACUUAGAUAAAUAAAGUAAAAAGUUUUAUAAGUUAUUGCUUUAUAUACAAAUUAAGCAGCGAAAUAUAAAUAAGCAACAAUGAGUCUACAUGGGCUACCAUUUUAAAGGUGUUAAUGCACAGCAUAUUAUGCUUAAUUAGAGUAUACUAAAAAACAGUCACUGACUCAGGCUCAUCGUUUAAAGGUGUAUAUAUAUAUAUAUAUAAAUGUAUUUUCCUACAGAGGAUUAAAAUUCAACUUAAUUAAAUGUCCAGAUUGAGCUAUUACCUUACCUUGAAAGUGAAAAAAUGAUUGUGUAUAAACGAAUAAUGUAUAAUAUAUUGUAGAUAGUGUAUUAUAGAUAUAGGAGGGAGAAAUUAAUUUAAAAGGAUGAAUUUUAAUCCACCUCUUUAUUUAAAACCACCUAUACAGGGCCGUCUUUAAUACUGAUUGGACCCCGGGCAAAGAUUUGCUUGGGCCCCCUGGACCCUGUCGUCGUGCCCCCCUUACCCCAACGCAGAGGCGGACGUAAAGUAGAGAGGGCUCUGGUGCAUGAAUUAUUUUGGGCAACUCCAACAAUGCUUUGACAGCUGGGGAUCUACCAUUUUCCCAUGCAUGCCGGGUUGUAUUUAGCACUGAGCAGUAUUUGUGUGUUUGAGUGUAAGCAUGUUUUUGUAUGGAGUAUGAUUGUGUGAAUGUAGGGGUGUGUUUGUAUGUGGAGAUGGCAUUUGAAUGCAAGCAUGCAUUUAUGUGUAGUGUUGGUUUUUGAGGUGUGUUUAACUAUACCAGUGGUACUUGGUACCCAGCAGACUGCUUAGAAUAUUCCCUCAAACGACAGAUACAUGCUGGCGCUGCGAGGCUGACGAAGGCUCCUACAUACAUGUCUGGUGGACCUGUAAUGCCAUAUCAGGUUUGUGGAAAGAGAUCCACCGCUUUUUAUCUAAACACCUAGAACCCCCCAUCACCCUCUCACCAGCAACGUACCUCCUCCUGGACCUUUCUCCAUACCUACCAAGACAUGAAACAAAACUAAUCUCCCAUGUAGCGCUUACUGCUCAGCGCGCCAUAGCCACAAACUGGAAAUCGACCACAACCCCCUCCCUCCGAAGCAUCCUUAGGGACGUAGACAAACAAGGUGCAUACGAGAGCCACUUCACCGGCCUAUUUCCCUAUACCACACUAAUCUCAAAAACAUGGUCGACAUGGGACGCAUGGAGAUCGGGGUCUAACGGAUGAGAUGUAACAGUUACUCUAAGUAUAACUAAAACAAAACCCCUCAGAACCUUAGAAACUAUAUUGAAGCCAGAAGGGGUGACAAAAAUAAGUGAAGUAAUGUUCAGAUAACACCACACUGCUGCUUUCAAGUACCACAACCAUACACACCAAAUAAAUGGGUACAUACUGCGAAGGAGACGACGGUUCUGUCUAAUAACAUUACUGUAUAAGAAAGGACCCGCAUACACUGUUUGUACAAUAUUGUGAAUGCACUUUAAGAGUACACACCCUUCCCCUACUCCCUCUCUCCUUUCUGUACCCCAUUCCCCCCUUUUUGUUUUUACUGUUGAAUUUCAACUGAAAAUAAAUAAAAAAUUUCAACGGAAAAAAAAAGAGGUGUGUUUAUAUGGAGUGUUGAAGUCUGAAUGGAGGUGUGUAUUUGCCUGUAGUGUUGGCGUUUGAAUGCUGAGAUGUAUGCACAUAUACACAUGCACUGCCACAAAAACACACUCACUGAAACACUUGCAGAUACACAGAUAUACACAAUCAUACAGAUGCAGCUAUACAGACACAUUUACACACACUGACACACAUACAUGUACACAACCUGACAUACAGAAACACAGAUGCACACACUGACACACAUGCAGAUACACUGACAACAUACAGAUACAGACACACAGAUACAUAACCUGACAAAUGUAGAUACAAACACUGACACAUAUGCAGAUACACAGACAUUUACUGACACACAUGCAGAUACACACAUUGGCUACAUUCAGAUACAGAUAUACAAACUGACACACAAAUACAUGCACAGGUAUGCACUCACAUACUGACAACAUACAGAUACACACACACACACUGACAGAAAUACUGCUACACACAGAUAUACACACACACAGACAUACUGACACACACAAACACACAGACAUACUGACACAUACAUAGACAUACAAACUGACACACAGACAUACAAACUGUUACACAGAUAUACAGACACACACACAGACAUACAGACACACACACAGACAUACAAACUGACACACACAGACAUACAAACUGACACACACACAUAGACAGACACUCUUCAGUUUGCUACCUUUGCAAGAGGCUACCUUCCCUGGGGUCCAGUGUGCUCUCUUUACUUCCCCUCCUCACUGGAUCCUGUCUCAGCCCCCCGCGCAGCUCAUUGUCUUCGUGGUGGGAGGAAGUGAUUUGCGGUCGUCACUUCCUCCCAUGCAGCCGUUAAGCAUGGGGCCCGAUCGCGCUGUUAACCCCUUAAGGACACAUGACAUGUGUGACAUAUCAUGAUUCCCUUUUAUUCCAGAAGUUUGGUCCUUAAGGGGCUAAAGCACUGACCUGACCCCUACUGAAACAUGCUCACCGGGUGGCCCUAAGUGUGUGGGCCCCCUUAGUGUGCGGGCCCCGGUGCAGCUGCAAUACCAGCACCGCAGGCCCAUUAGGGAAUUUAUUUUUUUUUUACUUUUUUUUUUUUUAUGCGGGCAGCUGCUUUGAGCCUCCAGGAGUAACUGGGCCUGGGGCAGCUGCCCUGUUUGCCCUGUGUUAAAGACGGCCGUGCACGUUUAUUGUCUUGGUACCUGUUAUUUUAUUUAUUUAUUUAUUUUAAAUAUUCUUUAUUUGUUUUUCAUUACAAUGACAGACAAUACAUUACAUAAACAUUAUUUAAAACCAUCCAUAAUAUACACUGACUCAUUCAAUAAAACAUCCUGACAAAUACAGUACUGUGAAGUAGGGCCCAAGCAGAGAGAGAAAAAAAGAGUAUAUAAUACAAUAUAACUACUUUUACCGAAAUACACUAAUCACUUUAUUAUCCUAGCAAGGACAUAACUCUUAAAAGGCAGUUUUCUUUUGCUUUUAUUUUCUUAACCGAAGACUUAUUUCUCCAGCAUACCCCCAGUUCCAUUUUCAGUUGGACUGUUAAUUGGUUUACCCAGUGAUAAAAUUCUAUUUCUUUUGAUUGUUUCCAUUCUCUUGCUAUAAUAAUCUUCAAAGCUGGAAAACUAUGGGUAAGUAAAAAAUUUAUAGCAGUUAGAUCAGGCCAGCCCAAGUGAAGAAUUACAGUGACUGGGUUUUUAUCAAUCUUAAUCCCUUCUAGUUUAACUAAAGUAUGGUACACUUGAUCCCAAAUUUGUUUUAUUUUUGGACAGUUCCACCAGAUAUGUAAAUAACUCUCAACUGCACUUGAACAUCUCCAGCAUAUAUUUGAGAGAUUAGUAUCUAUGUUAUUUAGUCUAGUAGGUACUAAAUACCAUCUGUUAAUAACUUUAUAAAAAGUUUCAAUCAAAACUAAGUUAUGAACAUUUUUCUUUAAUUUUUGUAGAGCUUUUCCCCAAGCAUCCACUUCUAUGGACAGAUUAGAAACAUAGCAUGUGGCGGAAGAUAAGAACCAUUCGGCCCAUCUAGUCUGCCCAAUUUUCUAAAUACUUUCAUUAGUCCCUGGCCUUAUCUUAUAGUUAGGAUAGACUUAACUAUAAGUCUAGGCACCCAGACCACUUCAGCUUAAUGAAGUGGUCUGGGUGCCAGGUCCCUCUAGGAUUAACCCCUUUUUUUUAUAAACAUAGCAGUUUCAGAGAAACUGUUAUGUUUAUAAAUGGGUUAAUCCAGCCUCCAAAUCCUCUAGUGGUUGUCUCAUUGACAGCCUCUAGAGGCGCUUGUGUGCUUCUCACUGAAAAUCACAGUGAGAACACGCAAGCGUCCAUAGGAAAGCAUUAUAAAUGCUUUCCUAUGAGACCGGCUGAAUGCGCGCGCAGCUCCUGCCGCGCAUGCGCAUUCAGCCGAAGAGGAGGAGAGCUCCUGGCGCUGGAAUAAAGGUAAGUUUAACCCCUUUCCUCGCCAUCCAGCCCGGCGGGAGGGGGAUCCUGAGGGUGGGGGCACCCUCAGGGCACUAUAGUGCCAGGAAAACAAGUGUUUUCCUGGCACUAUAGUGGUCCUUUAAACUCCUUUGCUGUGUUAACCUCUACCACUUCAGCUGGAAGGCUAUUACAUGCAUCCACUACCCUCUCAGUAAAGUAAUACUUCCUGAUAUUAUUUUUAAACCUUUGUCCCUCUAAUUUAUGUCCUCUUGUUGUGGUAGUUUUUCUUCUUUUAAACAUAGUCUCCUCCUUUACUGUGUUGAUUCCCUUUAUGUAUUUAAAUGUCUCUAUCAUAUCCCCCCUGUCUCGUCUUUCCUCCAAGCUAUACAUGUUAAGAUCCUUUAACCUUUCCUGGUAAGUUUUAUCCCGCAAUCGAUGAACCAGUUCUCUGAACCCUCUCUAAGGUAUCAAUAUCCUUCUGAAGAUACGGUCUCCAGUACUGUGUACAAUACUCCAAGUGAGGUCUCACCAGUGUUCUGUACAAUGGCAUGAGCACUUCCCUCUUUCUACUGCUAAUACCUCUCCCUAUACAACCAAGCAUUCUGCUAGCAUUUCCUGCUGCUCUAUUACAUUGUCUGCCUACCUUUAAGUCAUCAGAAAUAAUCACCCCUAAAUCCCUUUCCUCAAAUGUUGAGGUUAGGACUCUCAAAUAUUCUGUACUCUGCCCUUGGGUUUUUACGUCCAAGAUGCAUUAUCUUGCACUUAUCCACAUUAAAUGUCAGUUGCCACAAUUCUGACUAUUUUUCUAGUUUACCUAAAUCAUUGCCAUUUGUUACAUAUCUUAGUAUCAUCGGCAAAAAGACAUACCUUACCAUCAAGACCUUCUGCAAUACCACUAAUAAAAAUAUUAACGAGAAUGGGUCCAAGUACAGAUCCCUGAGGUACCCCACUGGUGACAAGCCCAAGCUUCAAAUAUAUUCCAUUAACUACAAUCCUCUGUUGCCUGUCACUCAGCCAGUGCCUUACCCAUUCAACAAUAUUGGAAUACAAACUUAAAGAUUGCAGUUUAUUGAUAAGCCUUCUAUGUGCAACAAUGUCAAAAGCCUUACUGAAAUCUAGGUAAGCAAUGUCUACUGCACCACCCUGAUCUAUAAUUUUAGUUACCCAAUCAAAAAAAUCAAUAAGAUUAAUUUGGCAUGAUCUCCCUGAAGUAAACCCAUGUUGUCUCUGAUCUUGAAAUCCAUGUGUUUUUAGAUGUUCAUCAAUCCUAUCCUUUAACAUGGUUUCCAUCACUUUCCCCACUACUGAAGUAAGGCUUACUGGCCUAUAGUUGCCCGACUCCUCCCUAUUACCUUUCUUGUAAAUGGGCACAACAUUCGCUAACUUCUAAUCUUCUGGGACUACUCCUGUUAACAAUGAUUGGUUAAAUAAAUCUGUUAAUGGUUUUGCUAGUACACCACUAAGCUCUUUUAAUAGCUUUGGGUGUAUUCCAUCAGGUCCCAUUGACUUAUUUGUCUUUACUUUUGACAGUUGAAAUAGAACCUCUUCCUCUGUAAACUCACGUGUAAUAAAUGACUCAUUUAUCCUUUUUCUUAAUUGAGGUCCCUUUCCUUCAUUUUCAUCUGUAAAUACAGAACAAAAAUAUUCAUUGAGGCAGUCAGCUAGACAUUUAUCCUCUUCUACAUACCUUCCUUCUUUUGUUUUUAAUCUAACUAAUCCUUGUUUUACUUUUUUUUUCUCAUUUAUGCAUCUAAAAAAAGUUUUGUCCCCCUUAUUUACUGACUGUGCUAUUUUAACUUCUGUGUGUGAUUUGGAAGCUCUUAUAACUUGCUUAGCCUCUUUCUGCCUAAUCUUAUAGAUCAUUCUGUUUUCCCCACUCUGUUUUUUUUUUAUAAUUACUAAAUGCUAACUUUUUGUUUUUAACUAUUUUGGCCACAUCUGCGGAGUACCAGUUUUCUUGAAUUUUUAGUUUUUACUGACAAGCCUAAUGCAAUUUUCUGUUGCCUUCAGUAGGGCAACUUUUAAAUAAUCCCAUUUCUCUUGGACUCCAUUUAAAUUGCUCCAGUCUGAUAAUGACUCCUCUUCACAUAUUCUAAUUUUAGAAAAGUCUGUUUUUCUAAAGUCUAAAACUUUUGUUUUUGUGUGGUGUGACUCAGUCACUGUUCUUAUGUUAAACCACACUGACUGAUGAUCACUGGAUCCUAAACUUUCACCUACAGUAAUAUCUGAUACCAAAUCUCCAUUUGUUAACACUAAAUCUAGUAUGGCCUCUUUACGAGUUGGCUCCUCAACAACUUGUUUUAGAGACAAUCCCAGUAGGGAGUUUAGAAUAUGUGUGCUCCUGGCACAAGUAGCUAUUUUGUUUUCCAAUUUACAUCAGGAAGAUUAAAGUCACCCAUGAUGAUAACUUCCCCUUCAUUGUCAUUUUAGCUAUUUCCUCAACUAGUAGAUUAUCUAACUCUUCAAUUUGUCCUGGGGGCCUAUAAAUCACACCUACACGAGUUACUGUGUGAUUACCAAAUUCUAACGUAACCCAAACGGACUCUAUAAUAUAAAGAGUACCCUGGUAUUGCUAUGUCCCAGUCAUUUUUCUCAUUAUACCAUGUCUCAGUAACAGCGACUAAAUCUACACUAUCAGUUGCCAUUAUUGCCACAAGUUCAUGGAUCUUAUUCCCUAAACUGCGAUUACACUCAGUUUCCCACUUGUUCAAAGCAUUUAUAUUAAUAUUGUAUGUAAUUAAUCGAGACAUACAUUUUGAUAAUAAUUUUCUAGAAUUUGCAUGAGCAAAUAUUUAUUACAAAAAGACCCUCUAUUCUUCCCCUCCACAUAAUUCUUAGAAAGAAAAAAUGUAACCUUUAUAUAAUUGAAUGUUUCUGAAAUAGGUAGCUCAUAUUCUAGCCUUAAAGUGGCGAAUGAUUUAACUAAAUUUCCUGUCAUAUUGCUUCCGAUCUCUCCAAUAUUCUCCAAUAUCUAGAUUUAUAUCUUCUAUAAGGGAUUCUAAAAUCUCUAUCUCCAUGAAGUCAUAUAUCUUGCCCCUGUGGUUCAUUUGCUUCCUCAGUUUAAACCAUAUCGGAAGAGUUUGACAGAUUAUUUUAUUUUGGAUUUCUUUGAAAAUUAAAUUUCCUUUUUCAUGCCAUAAAAGUUUAUUUAAUUGCUGCUUAGUCAAUGAUAAGUUUGUGCCAUCCUGUAUUUAUUGCUUAUUUUUUCAUUAAAAUUUGUAAAUGAUGGAUCAUGCCAGCUUCAUAGUGCUUUCUAAUAUUGGGAAAAUUCAUACCACCUUGCCUAGAGGCCCUCAUCAACUGGGAUAGAUUAAUGCGAGGUGUUUUUCCUUUCCAUACAAAGUUCCUAAACGUUCUCUGAAUUAAUUCUAACCAGCUAUCUGGUACCUUUAAAGGGACCAUUUUAAAAAAAUACUUCCACUUUCUUCCAGCCCAACUCAAAAAUGUACUGUUCCAUUUUUUCAAUGCCAGAUUUGUUACUUUAAUCAGUUUUAAAACAUUCUUUUCAACAAUGAUGUUUGUUGUCUGACAGUAUAACUCCUAAAUACUCAAAGCUCCCCCUGGCCUCCUUAAAGCUGUACUUUUCUACUAUUUGUCUCUUAACUUCAGAAUCGCAUUUUGAGAACAUUGCUGUUGAUUUGUCUAUGUUCGUCUUAUAAUUCAACACUUCACUAUAAUGAUUUAUCUCCUCCAUAAGAUUGCGAAUAGAGGUAGAGGGAUCCGUCAACGUAAUUAUUGUGUCAUCAGCGUACAAACACACCUUUUAGAUCUCCUAAUGCUACAGGAAACCCUUUGAUGUUCCGAUUAGAUCUAAUUCUGGCUGCAAAGGGUUCCAUGGAGAUAAUAUACAAUAUUGGUGAGAGCGGGCAUCACUGGCGGGUGCCAUUAUUUAGCUCAAACCAAUCGGAACAUAAAUCUGCGCCUACUACCCUGGCCAUGGGGUCUUGAUAUAUAGAUUUAAUUGCGGCCUUCAUCCAUCCACAAAAGCCCAUGGCUUCCAUGACCUUAAACAUAUAUCUCCAUCCGACCCUGUCAAAGGCCUUCUCUACGUCCAAUGACAGGGUCAGGAGAGGUGUAUUCGUUCUAUCCCCCCAAUCCAAUAUGUCUAUCAGUCUCCUGGAAUUAGCAUUUACCUGUCUGAAGGGAACAAAACCGAUUUGAUAUUCACGUAUAAGGAUAGGCAAAACAGAUUUGAUUCUUUCAGCCAAAAUGGCCGAAAACAGUUUAGAAUCUACAUUAAUUAAAGAUAUUGGGCGAUAAUUUUUCAGUUCAUUAGGGUCCUUAUCCUUUUUUUAAUGAUAGGGAUUACAUUUGUAUAAAGCAUUUCUUUGGGUCCAGAUCCUUUAACUAUCUCAUUAUAGACAUUAACUAGAUGUUCACAUAUUAAAUUACUGUAUGUUUUAUAAAAAUGGUUUGUCAACCCAUCUGGGCCUGGGGUUUUAUUUUUUUCUAAUCUUUCAAUAGCUGUGUAGAAUUCUUUUCUCAUAAGAGGGAUAUUUAAUUUAUCAUUAAGCUGUUUGGGAAUAUCUGGUAAAUUAAUAUCUUCCAAAUAAUUAUUUUAUUUGUUUUUCCCCUAAUGAUUUAGGAAUGUUGUAUAACUCCUCAAAAAAAAUUGCUAUGUCUUCAGGGUUCUUAUACUCAGUCUGAUCUAUUUUAAUGCUUGUUAUGCUAUUUAACCCCUUUUUUUCUUCAACUUAUUAGUCAACCACUUUGUAGUUUUAUUGUUAUGAUAAUUUACUUUCAUUUUUUCUAGAUUUCUAUUGAUUCUUUCUAUUUCUAUUUUAUUUAUUUUUUCUUUGAUAUCUUUUAAUUGUAUUAUUGUUUCAUUGGUGAGGAUAUUUUUCAUAUUUUUAGAGAUUCUAUAAUAUUGGAUAUAAAGUUCUUCUCUAGUUGCACCCCUCUCCCUAUUUAGUCUGUUUUUGAGUUUUAUCAAAUAGCCUCUUACAACAGCUUUGAAGGCACACCAGAUCACGGAAUAUGACAUACCUUCCGUUUUGUUUUCCUUGAAAUAUAACUCAAUGAGUUUUCUUAUUUGAUUUUGAUGUUCACUCUUUAAGAUAUUACCAUCCGAUCGUAAGGUAUUAAAGGGUUUAUUUAUUAUUUUUAUCCUUUAUGCUAAAUAUGUUAUAACUAUGAUCCGCCCAUGGGUUUUCAACUAUUUCUAUUUUUUUAAUCUGUUCCACCAAAGAGUUCUCUCCCAAGACCAAGUCUAUUCUGGAAAGAGACUGAUGAACUCUAGAAAAAUUAGUAUAUUCUCUUUCCAUGGGAUAGAAAACACGCCAGGUAUCCAUAAGACCACUCUUUCUCAACUGAAAUUCCUAUAAUAAUAGGGAUAUUUCCAUCCAUUCUUAUCCACACCUACAAGAGAAAACAUUCAUCUGUUGAUGUGACUCUUAACAUUAUUUCUCAUAAUGUUACUAGAUGAGAUCUCAUUAAGGAUCUCCAAGCGGGACUUAAAGGGUAAGAUCAAGACUGACAGAAAUAUUAAUAUAUCAAAAAUUAAACAUGGCUCUUUCCUCUUUUCAUAUGAGAGAUAUGAGUAAAGAAUAUAAAUAUACCAAAAAAUAUAAUAUACCACAACCAUAAUACAAAUUUCAAGGGGCCAAAGGCCCAAUUUAUCUUUCCUCACGUUAUUUCCUAUCUAUUCCCAAUUCUAUAAAUCGUUAUUAUCAGUGAAUAUACCAUUAUUAUUCAAAUAGUGAUACUUUUUCCUUUUUUUAUCCUAAGCUCAAUCUUAUCUAUAGUAAAAUAUUGUGCACCUGUGUUCUUAUAAUCCUAUAAUCGUGAUGAUUGUGUAUUUCCUUUCUAACUUUAUAUAAUAAUUACCAAAACUUCUAUAUAUUUUAUCAAAGUUAAUCUUUGGUGUUAGUUGUUUAAGUGAAAGAGAAAAAUAAAAGGCCUCAUAAUCUUCCAUUUUCUUCUUCAUACUCUCGCUGCUCUUCUUCUAUGUUUAAAUAUAAAUUAGCUCAUAGUUCUACUUCUCAAUAACAUUAAAUAAGUUGCUCUUUAGUCCAUUUUUCAAGAUCUUUUGGCUCAGGAAAUACUACUUUUUUGUCUUUCCAGAAUAAUAUGACUGUUCCAUUAGGGCCCCACCUGUAUCUUAUAUUUUGUUGUUUGAGUGGAGCCAAAGCAGAAACAAAUAAUCUUCUCCUUGAUCUUGUAUAUGAAGAAAUAUCUUGAUAGACUAUCAGAUCUUUGAAUCUUCCAUCUUCAAUUCUCUUUGUUUUGUAGCUUGCGUUACUUGUUGUUUCACAAACAAGGAGUAAAAUAUCACAACCAAGUCCCUUGGACUAGAUUCUGGAAUAUUGGGAGGUUUUCUUACCUGAUAUAUAUUUUCUAUAGCGUAUUCCUUAUUCAAUAUUUUAACGUCCAGAGCUGUCAAAAAUUCAAGUACAUACUCAGUUGUGUUCUCCUGUGUGAUGCUUUCUGGAAUAUUUUUGACUCUGAUGUUUUUAAUUCUUUGUUUAUCCUCCAGUCCAUUUAUUCUCUGUUCAAGAAUUUUUUCUUCAUUACUGAUUUUUUUUUUUUCUCGUGCUUCUAUAAGUGUUUUAUGUUGGAAUUCCAUUAAUUCCUUUUUUCUUCCAUUUUAGAUAGUUUUUCGCUUAUUUCUUAAAUAUCCAUUUUCAGUUGGUUGUUAAUUUCCUUUUAAAACUCUGCUGUUUGAUUUUCCAGACUAUUUUUUUUAUAAAUUCUUCCAAAUAAUUUGAUGACAUUCUCCUGUCUUCCACUAUAGAUUCUUCAACGAGUGAAUUAUGUUCACCCAAUUUUUUUGAAUUAGGAGAAAAAAAAUCUGCUGCUCCUUUACGUUGAUCGACAUUUUUUUUUAACUCUUUAGUUUUUUUUUUUUUUUUUGCCAACUUGGCUGCAGCCAUGUUGUUCCACUAUUUGAAUCAGCUUCCCCCUUUUUUUUUUUUUUUUUUUUUUUUUUUUUUUUUUUUUUUUUUUUGCUUGGAUUAAUAGCACCUGUUGGUUAUGUGCUUUUGUUCAGUUUAUCCAACUUUGCUAAUUUAUGUAGUGGUUUUGGAGAUAGCUUUUUUUGGUUUUACCGUUUUAAUAUAAUUCUUGUAUGACACUAUUUCUCUGAUUAUUGCAAUCUGAUUAUUGCAAAAUUUAAUUUGCAAUUUUAUCAUAUAUAUCAAUAUAUCUUUGUUCUGACUUCAGAGUACAGAUUACUCCACUUUACCCUUUUUCUUAAAUAGGUUCUAGAUAUAGUCUUUCUUCUUUAGCAGCUUUAGCACUUUAUAAAAAAUAGUUUUCUAUACCAAUGGUAUCUGGAAUUCAACAUAUAUAUAUAUAUCUAUAUAUAUAUAUAUAUGUAUAUGUAUAUGUAUAUAUGUAUAUGUAUAUGUAUAUAUAUAUAUAUAUAUAUAUAUAUAUGUAUAUAUAUAUAUACAUUUCCUCCAAUCACCCACUUAGUAUGUACUUGCUUUUGAAUAGAUUGUCUCGAGGGAGAACUCAGGAGUGUUCUCUAACAACUUCUGCUUCUUUGUUUUGAAUGCAGUGAAGCAUAUUUAUGAGGCUUGUAAGCGUGUUCUAUCCGAUUUUGUACUUAAGCUCCCUCUUCCUUAGAACGCCAUCUCCUCGUGGCAGUAUAUUCAUCAGAGCGCAGUCAGCCGUCAAUCCUUUUCGUCCCAUUUAGCCCCGCCUCCCGAUGCGUGCGCUCGUUGCAUUCACGUCAUCGCGUUGAAACCUGCUGCCCUCAGAGCCUGGUACCUGUUAUUUUGAUGUCGACUCUGUCAUUUUUCAGCACCAGCUUGUGCCUUGGCAUCUUCACCACAUCAUUUUUCGCCUGCCUGCGCCGAUAUUGGUGUGGAACUCUGCACUCCCGUAGCGUAUUAAUGCUGCUGACACAAGCGUGUCUGCAUCAUUUCUGCAAUGAAGAUUUCAGUUUUGGCAUUGCAGAAGGGACGCUGACAAAUAGGAGUGUGUCCUGACCUAUAUAAACCCCUCUUGACCUGACCUUUGCUCUCUUGUGGUUUCCGUUUGGUUCUCAAUUAGUGUGUUACUACUGUUCUGUAAUCCUCUGCCGUUUUACCAUGGAUUGUUUUUCGACUCUUUGUACUUAUGUAAUCCUGACCUUGGCUAGUUUAUUUGUUUCCAUGUACUUUUAUCCUGACUGUGGAUUUUUCUUCCACUUACGAUUUAUAUCUCUAUUGGCCGGUAAUACUCUGUUCUGCCUUUCUGUAUUCUGACCUAUGUUCUGCAUGGUAGGGUAUAUUACUCCUGAUAUAUCACAUCAUAAUAGUAUUGCAGGUUCCACAAUAUCGCAGUGGUUUUUAAAAUAUUCACUGCUGUCAGAUGGUGUUUUGGCACAAUGCUCUAACCACUCCCUCCUAGCAAAUAGUGAUGUUUAUGUUGUCUUCUCCGAUUAGCUAAGUGCUCAGAUGAAGUGCAAAACACAUAAAAACAUGUAAGACAGCGGCCCUGUUUUCCCAGUGUGGUUGUCACAUUUGAAUACUUUGACAGUAUUACAAGCUGCUGAUUAUGGCAGAGGUGGUUGAACUAUUCAGUGAUCUCGGAUUGUCUUUUAGGCUUUCCUAUAAAAUUCAGCACAGCAACUAGUGAACUUUGGACCUUGCCAAGCCACUCCAAUCCUCAUUUUUAGUGCGCUAGGGCAAUUGUGGUGUUAUGGUUAACGCUGGUAUUGUACCAGUAUGGAGCCCCCUUCAGUCUUUGCCACAGCUGCUGCAUGUUCCUCCUAUCCCUAAAUGGAACACACACCUAUUGUAUCCCCUAUCCCUAAGAGGGACCAACUUAUUGGAUCACCCAGUGGUACUGGGAUGAAUUCUGGAUCAUAUUUUUUGCAUAAGGGACCCCUGGCUUGUAUGGGGAUUCAGGAUUCUGACUCUGCUGGAAGUGGAAACCCUGGGUUGUAUAUCCGUGAUGGGACUGGGAGCCCCAGAUUUAUAUUUUUCUGUCACGUUUAUCCAUGUAAGCAUUUAUCCAUGUGGAUCAUUUUUCUGUGUGAAUAUUUUUCCAUGUGGGUAAUUUUUUAUGUGAGCAUUUACAAUAGUGGUAUUUUUGCUGUGUGGAAUUUUCAUGUAGUCUUUUCUCAUGUGCACUCUUGUCUGGUCUCCAGAAUAUUUAUUUGGAUAUUGCAGUGCGCACUUUCUUUUUGAGAUAUUCUAUUAUUUUUUUAUUUUUUAUGUGCGCUUGUUCAUUUUUUAUUUUUUUUUCUCAGCAUUGUUUGUAAGAAGAAUCGAUGGAGGAAGAAAUGAAAAGUUUGCCACUCGAGAAUGCAUCAAUUUUAUCAGAGGGUUCCUUGCAAGAUGGUCAUAGACUAUGGAUUGGCAACCUUGAUCCGAAAAUAACAGAGUAAAUAUGCACUUCAAUAUGGUAGAAUUACAUAUAGCACAAAUUAUAGUUGAAACUUAAAGUGAACCGGUCAUGAUAGCUGUAGAUUUGCAGCCUAGCUUGACUCCUAUUCUACAAUUAAGUUCCCCUAAUACCAUUAACAACUCAUAUCUUAAUUCAUUUCUGUGACCUUGUCUUGUGCUGAGCGCAUAAAUCAUGUUCUCAGUGGUUUAUGCACAUGCUUUAACACACAUCUUUCCUGCAUAUCCCUGUUUAGGAAGCACAGACUAGCUUCCUAUGUUAAAAGUACCCUACACUACAUGUUGGCAUCAAUGGUGUGUAAAUAAAACGUAUCUAUUCACUCUUUGUUUUAGGAUUUCUAGUUUACAUGUGCAAAUCACAUUUUUGCUUGCAAUUGCUUGUACACUCAGUUUCUAUUGCUUCUAAUAUUGGUACAGCUAUAAACUAUUUUUUUCUUAUUCUUUAGCACGUUAACUAGUUUAACAUGAAUUAUAGUUUAAGAUAUAAAUAUUUCAAACCCGUGCUGGGAUUCUUGCUGUAUGUUUAAUGUGCCUUUCUUUAUUGGAAUCAUUACAAGCAUGUUAUUUUCCAAUGCUUUUUAUUGCCCAGUUUAGUCUUAAUGUAAUUUCCUGGUAUUCUGAGACCACUAAGUCCAAAGCAAACUGAAAGGAAAUAACACACACUUCAUUGCAACUGCAUAUUUCAACAAGGUUACUGGUAAAAGUAUGAAACAUUUAAUAAACUGAAUUAUACAACACUUAUAUUUGGAUAUAAUUUCAUUUACCAAGGUCAAAAAACUUCUAAAACAAAGUCAAGUUUUCUGAACCUCUUUUUUUUUAUUUUUAUUGAUUCACCUCAUCUCAGCUGUAUUGAAGAAUCCCCACAGACUGUUAAACACAAACAUAUAUCUUACAAAUCUUAUAAACAUACACCUCUAGCACUCACUAAAAAGCACUAUACAUAUUUAGGGACGUAGCUUAAAAAGCAUCAAAUCAUUGACAUCAGAAUACAUUUCACGCUCCUCUCUCACACAGAAUAUGUUGUAGAAGAAUAUACAUGGACCUUCCUUUCUUAGUGCCUAACACAUGCAUGCCUCUUCACCUUUAGGGUUUUGUAGUUGUUAAGGUCCUAGUACCCCUCACCUUGUAUGAAGAAAACAGUUUCUUCUUAUCUGGGGUCCACUAGGUAAACUCUCACCUCCAUCAUAGCCAACAGAGAACCAAAAGCUCCUGCUCAGGAGCUUCUGUUAUGUAGGGCUCGUUUGCAGAGAGCAUCAGCCAAACACUUUCAGCAGACGAACUUAGCCCUGCACAGCUGUGCUUCUCUGUCUCUGUAGGCUGUUGUGGAGGUGUGGAGCGGUAUUAGACGGACCCUCGGUUAAGAAUUUAAACCGUUAUAACUCCAUGAGCCAGUGCAGCCUGCAUAUCUUGUAGAUUUAAAAAAAAAAACAAACACAAUUUAAACAGAUAUUUGUUUAUAUAGUUGACUGAUUCAUGCUUGAAUAUUAUUGAAUAUGCGUUGAUUUUAUUUUCUAGGUUCCAUCUUUUAAAGCUACUUCAGAAAUUUGGAAAAGUGAAACAGUUUGAUUUCUUGUUUCACAAGUCUGGGCCUCUGGAAGGACAGCCACGGGGAUACUGUUUUGUGAAUUUUGAGACAAAGGUGGUGAGUAUGCAUCUAAAAUAGCCUCACCACUACUACUCUAUUCAAGCAGAUAUGCUUAAAACAUGAAUCACAUAAUGUGUACAGUGAUAUAGGGUUUAAAUGUUUUGCACACUUUACCAAGAAGUAACUUUCUGACCUCAGUGACUCUACAUAUUCAGUUAUGAGAUGCAGAAAUAGAUUUUUAGUCCUGCUUUUUAGCUGUUUGCAAAAGUCUUUUAAGAGCCAAACGUGAUUAUUUUGUGAAAGAUUUGAUGUUUGUUUUAUACAGGAAGCAGAGAGAGCAAUUCAAUGUCUCAAUGGCAAGAUGGCGCUAUCCAAGAAACUUGUGGUCAGAUGGGCACAUGCGCAAAUUAAGGUAAAUUACCUAAAGUUUCAGAAUGCACUGCAUUUGAUUGGCUUUCAAAAAGAUAGGCAUCUUACCACAUCCAGUGCUUGCAGCUUUUCCUUCUCUUCAGAACUUCUGAGUAGAAUGAGAGCAGCACUAUAUCAUGAUAUAUCCGUUUAGAAUGUUUGAUCUGGAAGGUUGAAGAAACAUAGCUCAUGGGAAUGAACACCAAUCCUCGAAAACAGACCAGAUUUUGUGGUGCCUCAAAUAUAAAACUAUUUCUCUUGCUUUCAUGGUUUUCAUAACGGUUUUUAAAAUAAACCUCGUUCCUUUGCCUUUUGGUCUCUAGUAGACCAUUAGUCUCUUUGAUGGAGGUUAAACAUGUCUUACUGUAACUUAGAAUCUAAUCUGUUUUAUUAACAGAAGUUUUUUACUCUGUUAAAGAAGAAACUUUCUUGGCCAAAAUGGAAUGAUUGCAGUUACCAAAAUGCCUUCGAUCUUUAAAGCAGCACUGUCAUGCCGAACUUACCUUUCCUCAAUCUCUUCCUCUUCUCCCCCUCUCUCAGGAUCUGUUCUUCUUUUCUUCCUGUCUUCUUUAGUUUUCUUUAAAAUCAUAAGACAAAGUAGGGAAUCUUUGCCUUAUGGAGGUUUCCUCCGCUUGACCAGCUCUGACCAGCGGAGGAGCAAAGUGUGCUUCAUUUCCGCUGGUCAGAGCAAUUUUCCCACAAUUCUCACUUUUCCUCUGUGUUCCCACGAUGCUUCCUGUCAUUUUUGACGAAACUGCCGAAUUGCGUUCCAACUGAUUUAGAACAGUAUGUUCGUUUCUUUUAGAACUCAAUUCGUCUCUUUGUUCGUAUCGGAAUUUCAUUUGAAUGAAUGAAACUCCGAUCCUAUUCGUGCUGUGGCUGCAUCUUGCAGCCGCUUAGUAGAUAACUCCCUAAUUCCCAGGGUAUCAGGGAGUUAUCUACUAAAAGGCUGAAAGACCUAAAUUGGUCUUUCAGCCACACUUAUUAAUACUAAGUAAAAAUUACUUAGUAUUACUAAAUGCUGCCCCUGCUUGCUAUACCACGAGUAGGGGCAUGUCUAGUAAACAGUGAGCAGCCUGUGGGCAAAUAGUAAACUAUUUGCCCCCACCCCUAAACGACGGAUGGGUCCCUAAAGUAAAAUAAGGGGGGAGACCUAUUGUGUGUCCCCCCCGGCCCCCAACCCUGCGUGGUGGGUGGGGGCCAUAAAUUACAAUGAGGAGGGGGAACCUACUGUCCUCCCCCUCUCCGGCCCCCACCCCUGGGCGGCGGGUGGGGGCCAUAAAGAUAAUGAGGGUGGGGGACCUACUGUCCUCCCCCCCCCCCCGGCCCCCCACCCCUGGGCGGCGGGUGGGGGCCUAAGUCAAAUUCCCCCAAUUACUAACCUGUAAAGUAAAAUUAAACUUACCACUCAACGUCUUCUUUAUUCUAAAAUCUUCAUUUUUCAGCCCCAAAAAAGCCCUCCUCCCCCCAAUUAUCAUGGCCCCCACCCGCCACCCAGGGGUAGGGAGGACAGUAGGUCCCCCCCUCUCAUUAUCAUUAUGGCCCCCACCCGUCGCUCAAGAGUGGGAGCCGGAGGGGGGGGAGGACAGUAGGUCCCCGUCCCCCCAUUGUAAUUUAUGGCCCCCACCCGCCGCUCAGGGGUGGGGGCUGGAUAGUAGGGUUUUUGGGGUUUUUUUUUUUUUACAGGCUGCUCACUGUUUAGUAGGAAUGCCCCUACUCGAAGUAUAGCGAGUAGGGGCAUUGGGGAGAUUUUAAUCUCCCUUAUGCUAUUAUGGGGGUCAUAAUAUACCAUAGAGUGAGGGGGGAUCUGGGGGGCUUAUGAAGUAGCGGGGAGCAAUGCUCCCUGCCGCUUCUAUCUUUACAUAUUAGAAGGAGGGAGCUGCGUGCCGGUAGCUCCCUCCUUGUAAUAAACUAAACGAACACUGAUACACAGUGUUAGUUUGUUCGUCUGAUUUUUCUAUUCAUUCGUCUUUCUGAUGAAUGAAUGAAUAGAUGAAAUUCCCGUUCGCAUGUCCAGGUGUUUCACUGGGCACGUGCGGGAAUUUCACAGUCUAUCUUGUGUGGGCAGAUGAUGUGUCUCACAGGGACUUCAUCUACCCACACAAAGAUGACGGCGCCCUGAAUAAAGUUUGGGGCGGAAAAUAAAGAAUACGAAAUGGGUAAUAUGGGGGGCUUAGAGGCAUUUGGGGGUAUCUAGGGGGUCAAUUUGAUGUAGUGGAGGCGGGAGGGGGGGGUUUAAAAAAAAAUAAAAAAUAAAAAAAUGGAUUUGGCAUGACAGUGCUGCUUUAACUACAAAAGAAGGAAGUCUGCUACUAGAUCUUAUUUCCAUGGGAUAUGCACUGUUUUCAGCUUGAGUCCAACACAUAAUUUUUUUAAAUUUUCUGAUCUUGGUUUCUUCCUGGUGUUUGAUAUGACGUUACUGGCCACAUGUCUGUCUGAAUUACUACAACUAUCCAUAACUCCAAAAUGUUCAAAGGAAAAGUUAUGCUCAUGCUGUAACAAGAGCUAUGAGCUAUUCUUCCUCUCUAAUAAACACUACAACCUAUUGAGUUCAAAUCUGUGAUAAUUUUAACCCAAGAUCAUUACUCUAAAAGGAACAAUUUUGAGUAAGAGCCUUCACAGGAACAACAUACUUUUAGUUUGCUGUAUUCAUUGCUUGCCCCCUGUCAUUAUGUUAUAUUUUUUGCCUUGCUGCAUUGUGCACAAUAAACACUAGACUCACCAUAACCAUUACAGCCUACAAGUGUAAUUUGUCAAGCCAUUUUAGAGUGAUUUGACAGCUCACUUGAGUCCUGCCCACCCUGGGUCACAUACGCUGCUUCCAAGAUUCUACUCCAGGAGUAACCGGUUUGCUCUAUUGAGCUAAGCAGGCCUGCACUUUUUAAAUGAAAGCAUCAGCUGAGUGCUUUCAGCCAAUGAGUGUGGUCUUGGACCGGCCAGGAACACAAAAGUGUAUUCCUGACCCUUUAGUGUUAAAAUCACAAUUUAGGUCACUAGCCCCCCCCAUCUCCCCCAUCUGAGUGACUGCCACUGGAGGUGUCCCUAGGCACCAAUGUAAACACUGCCUUUUCUCUGAAAAGACAGUGUUUACAUGAAAAUGCCUGCAUGGGACAUACUUUACUCACCAGAACUACAUUAAGCAGCAAUUGUUUUGGUGACUGUAGUGUCCCUUUUUAUUGAAUAUAGACCCCUGCAUUCUCCUGCAGAAGACCGAAUGCAACAUAUAUAGAGCUUAGAGUGUUUAAUUAGCAAGAGUAUUUUUUUUUUUUUAAUCUUCAAAUUUAUUUUUAUUUAUUUAAGACAAGUAAAUACAAUUUGCUGCUUAAAAAGUUUGUUAUACAAGAGAACUUUAGUUGCUUAUGCACAAGUAUGAUUAACAUUACAGUGACCAUUUUCUUGGAAUAAAGCUGACAAAACCCUAAAUACCUGUGUGGCUUCAUUAUUUAAACAUUUUACAAAACAUUUUACACUAACUGCUAAUCAAAAAUAAUAUUCUUUUAUUUUUAUUUAUUUUUUCCAGAGGUUUGAUAAUUACAAAAAUGAAAAGGUUUUACCUAUCAGUCUUGAACCAUCUUCAAGCACUGAACCAACUCAGUCAAACUUGAGGUGAGUUAAAGCUUCUGCAUGCACCCAUGUGAGUUCUAAUGUGACUUCCUUUAGUUGCCGAUAAAAAUAAGUAUAUGAUUUUGUAAUACUUGUGUACACAAGCAUUGGAUUAUGUUAUGGUUAUUAAUAAAUUCUAAUUUAGGAAAUUAUAUUGUUUAUGAUUAAAUAAGCACAAAUACAAUAUAAACCAUGUGAUAUUGUUUCAAAACACAAGGCAGUGUGCACCCUCAAUAAACUUUCAUAACAAGGCUUUUUAUCCAGAGCUAGUGUUUAUUUACUUUGCAAAAAUAUUCAACAUAUACUUACAUUCCAAACUAGAUAAUUAACAGGAUAUAUUUAAUCUGCAUGAAAAGCUCUUAUUUGAUCUGUCUUAUUUAGCCUGUAAUAUUUUUAAUACAUUUUGGUAGUCAAUAUCUUCAGUCCUAAUGUUUCUCUAUGGAUACGAAAGAGUCCAUUGAGCUCAAUCUUUGAUUGACAGUUAGUGUAUUGAUAAAAGAUAACUGCUGACUAGCUAAAUGUAGACUUCUUACACACAAAGCAUGAUGGCCAUGUAUAGAACUGCCCAACCUUUAAAUGACGCUAACACCAUCCCACAAUUGGUAGCUUGCAGACUGUAUUAAGUCUCGUUUGGCAUUAGUAGUGAACUUUAAGGGAAACUUGUUUUACCUUUCUCACCAUAUAGUCUAAUGGCUCCUAAGGCAGUAAAUAUUUAAUUUACUAUAGUAAUGUAUUAAUGGUGAAUUUAUUUGCUGUAUUGGCUGUUAUAUUUGCACGUAGUAUUUUCCCCUCGCUCUAGGACUGCCAUCACUAGGCUUUUAUAGUAACACUUACCCUCUACCUCUUGCAACAGCACUGUCAUUCUUGGAGAUCUGUUAAUAUUGCACCACUGUAACACCCGCCUUCUGGUCCCUCCACACCCUUUCUGUCCAGAUUUGUACAAUAUUGAUAUCGCCAAUGGGAUGGGACUUGGGCACCUGGGAAUAAUCAGUUUGUGACAUACCACUUUAAAUGGAUGCAUGCGUCUUGCUUUAAAAAAAAAAAAAUUGUUUAAAUAAUGGGGGAAAGGAAAAAAAUUUCUAAAAGUCCAAGAGCCAAGCACACUGGUACCAUAUCCAGUCUCAGGGCUUCAAUAUACAAUGCAAAAAGCGAUGCACACAAGGAAUUUGUCAAAUGUUUCUUCUUUUAUUGAUCCAAAGGUGACAUAACAAUCAAUGUUCCAGUCUCUAGCUAAGACCUUUAGAAAUGUAGGUUUAUUUUUUUACAAUUGUUGGCGUUCCUUAACAAAAAUCUAUGCAAACAUGUUGUAUUUCUCGGCAGUCAGAAAAUGUAUACUUGCAAAUACCUUUUUUAUUUCAAAAGCUUGAGUACCUGAAAAGCAUAGUGUGUAACCUGGCAAAAGCAAAAGUAAGAAUUAUUAAUCCUCUUCUGUUAUGCAUGGGUGUUCAUUUAUUUGAGCAUGCAACAAUGUUAAUAGCAAGGUUCAUUUAUUUGAGCAUGCAACAAUGUUAAUACUCUCAAAGAUCAAAUUAUAUGCAUCAAAUCUAAAAAGAAUAGUGGGGUUAAUUGGUUUUACCACUAGAGGGGGAUGUAUCACUUUACUUCAACUGUUUACCUUUAUUUCAGCUGUUUUGCAACAGUUUGAAGUCUUCAUUCCUUCUAAAUUAUUAAUUUUGAGGUAUAACCGUUGUUUAAUUGGAUAGUAGCUUUAAAACCACCCUUACCACAACCUACUCACUGUUUAAACUUACCGUCUUUAUAUCUCUUUUACAUUUUGUGGAGAACAGUUCUGAAUCAAUUAUUUUAGGAAUCCACACUUCUUUUAAAUGCCCCAGGUGAUGUCCAGACCCCCGGAAUUACAACUGUUUCAAUAGCUUUAUCAGUGCUCUCUCGUUACAGUGUUCAUUAUCAUUGCAAAGCUAGCAUUGAACAUGGGGUUAUAUUAUCACACUUCAUGUUCAGAAUUAAACACUUUGUAAUAACAGGUCUCUGGGGGAAAAAAAGUUGCUUUUCUGUUGUGCUGACUUUGCACAUGCACAUGUUCUCUCUUGUCAUAUAUGCACAUCCAUUUGGGAGAAGGUUGCUUGUUUCUUGGCAACAGGCAUUCGGUUGCUUAACACUUUUUUCAACAAUAUUCUAAACCCUUUUGACACCAAAGUUGGAAUCGAACAAAAAAAAACAAUGCUUGAUUGUCCCACCAUCUGCAACAUUUAACUUUUUUUUAUUUUUAUUUUUUUUAUUAAUUGGAGCAUAAUAUUGUAAUUAUACAAAUUAGGGUUAUUUUCUAAAGUGAGGACUCAAAACCUUAUUUAUUUAUUUAUAUAUUAAAUAAUAAUAUAAGUCCAGUCCAGCUAUAUGACCUUAAAUUUAAAUGUCACCCCAAAGUCUCACUUUUGUAAAUAAUCCUGUACUGUCUUUUGGGCCUCCUCUAAUGUUGCAAAACCAUUAAAAUGUAAGCAUAUUUUCUGUCUGAGCAGAGAAUGCUCUGUAUUUUCAGCUACUUAGUGCUAUUCCCAAAGAACUUUAAAAAAAAAAGUGCAAGUUCACUGGAACUUGCAACCAGAAAAUGUGCAUGACUCUAUAUAUGUAGGGGGGAUAAGAGAAAUAAUUUCAAACACAUACCACAGAUAUAGUUUCUUCAUAGAGUGUUUAACCCUUCAAGCAUGCAACCAUAACACCGAUUCUUAAAAAAAGCCCAACCUUGACCCAAACUCCCCAUCCAACUACCGCCCUAUAUCGCUACUGCCAUUUGCCUUCAAGAUCUUUGAAAGAGUUGUGUAUGCGAGAUUGACAGACUUGCUUGAAUCCAAAUCUCUGCUUAACCCGCUUCAGUCUGGAUUCCGCGCUUGUCACUCUGUUGAAACAGUUCUGACCAAAGUAUCCAAUGAUUUAAUCGUUGCUAAAUCUCGCGGGCAUUAUUCUAUCCUAAUUCUCCUUGAUCUUUCUGCUGCCUUUGACACUGUUGUUCAUCAACAGCUUCUUCUCAUUCUCGGUAAUCUCGGUCUACAGGAUACUGCUCUCUCCUGGUGCUCCUCCUACCUCUCCCUGCGCUUUUUCAGUGUUUCUUUCUCUGGCUCUGCCUCUUCUCCCCAAACCCUCUCUGUUGGUGUUCCCCAAGGUUCUGUCCUUGGUCCCCUACUGUUCUCUAUCUAUACUUCCUCCCUUGGUAAACUCAUCAGCUCCUUUGGCUUUCAUUAUCAUUUAUAUACAGAUGACACACAAAUCUACCAGUCCUCUCCUGAUCUCUCCCCGCCCAUCUUGACUCGUGUCUCUGACUGCCUCUCUGUGAUUUCUAACUGGAUGGCUGCUCACUUCCUUAAACUCAACUUGUCCAAAACAGAACUUCUGGUCUUUCCUCCCUCAAGUGUUGCUACUCCCGUGUCUAUCAACGGCGCCACCAUCACCCCUACUUCGCAGGCUCGCUGCCUAGGUGUUCUCUUUGAUUCCGACCUCUCCUUCACCCCUUAUGUCCAGUCGAUCGCCAAAUUCUGCCGCUUCCAUCUAAAAACAUAGCUCGCAUCUGCCCUUAUUUAACACCAGAUGCAGCUAUGGUGUUGGUCCAUGCCAUUGUUCUUUCUCACCUUGAAUACUGCAAUCCCUUUCUCAGUGGUCUUACAUGUUCCCAGAUUGCAUUGCUGCAAUCUAUAAUGGAUGCGGCGGCGAGGCUCAUUUUCCUGUCCACACGCACCUCCCACAUCUCCCCCCUCUGUCAGUCCCUACAUUGGCUUGCAGUUAUAUAUAGGCAGUGGUGUAUCCUGGUUUUGUGCUGCCCUAGGCAGGACAAAACUCAGGUUCCCCCCCACCCCCGCAUCACCCUCACCCAACCCUUCCCCCCCACCCCACCCCCUGAACCACCCCCACCCCACCUUCUAAAUACACACACACAUUCACUGACAGAUAUGCAUACACUAGCUAACAGAAAUACACACAUGCUAACAGAAAUACACACAUGCUAACAGAAAUACACACACACUAACAGACACACUCACCCUCCCUAACAGACACACACUCACUGACACACACACUCACUAACAGACACACACUAUCAGACACACACACACACUAACAGACACACACUCACACACUAACAGACAUAUACACACACUCACAUUAACAUAUUUAUUUAUUUAACCCCCCUUAGCCUCCUUACCUCUCUCCCAUGGGGUGCAGUGGUUGCUGGGCGGGCGAUGGCUGGCGAGGGAGCUCUUCCUCUGAGCUGUCUGCUCAGCUCCCUCGCGCGCCGCAGAGUGAGGCUGGGAGCCGGAACAAAUGACGUCAUAUUCCGGCUCCCAGCCUCACUCUGCAGCGCGCGAGGGAGCUGAGCAGACAGCUCAGAGGAAGAGCUCCCUCGCCAGUCGCCCAGCAGCGCCGCUCGCCCGCCUGGCUUGUCAGUUAGCCACGAGGCUAACAAGGCAUUUACCCUGGGCAUUUGGGGCGGCUUUUUUUUCUGCCCACUGGAAAAUGCCGCCCAAGGCAAAUGCCUUGUUUGCCUUGCGGCUAAAACGUCCCUGUAUAUAGGGCUCAAUUUAGAAUUCUGGUGCUUGCUUACAAGUCCCUGCAUAAUGCUACUCCAAUCUACCUAUCCUCCCUAAUACACAAAUAUGUCCUGUUGAGGCCCCUACGCUCUGCCGAAGACCUACUCCUAUCCUCUGUCCGUACUCCCACAUCUGAUGCUCACCUCCAAGACUUCUACAUGGCUGCACCUUUUCUGUGGAACGCCCUUCCCUUCUCCGUUAGACUUUCACCCAGUCUCCACUCCUUCAAAAAAAUCUUUGAAAACACACUUCUUCAGGAAAGCAUAUCAUUAAAACUGUUAAUGGGUUUUCAGCCCUUCCUGCACCCCCCAUGACUCCUCUCCUGCAACUGUCAAAAAUAACCUACUAAGUUCUCAGUGAUUACUUUUCUAGCAACCUAUUUCGUUACCCCUAUUUAUACCCUUUGUGUCACUAUACGCCACUCCAUCUAGCAUGUAAGCUCAUUGAGCAGGGCCCUCAACCCCUCUGUUCCUGUGCAUCCAUUUGUCUGGUUACAAUUACGUGUCUGUUAGUCCACCCAUUGUACAGUGCUACGGAAUUUGCUGGCGCUAUAUAUAGAAUAAAAUAAUAAUAUAUUAAUAAUUCAAAAUAAUAUUUGCUGUAAAUGAUGUAUUUCCCAAUUUGAGAUUUAUUUUUUAACCUUUUAACAAUAAUGUCAGCAUAUCGUACUUAGGUUUAUGUAGGUCCUGUAUUAACACACUAAAAAAAAAAAAAAAGGUUUUGGGGCGUUUUGGUGAUUCUUAUAAUCAUAGAGUAAUAAAAAAGAGUUAUCAAUGGCAAAUAUGGUGAUCAAACAACUGUGUGUUUCAAAAUGGAAAUAUCCAGGAAAUAAGGGUAAAUGCAGUCUGCUACCCUGAGGCUGCGUACUUGGUCCGGAAAGGUUAAACUGAUUGAUUGAGCACUGAUUUCUCUGCUGUCAGUUAAACAGGAAGCACAAUUACUCUGAGUAAAUUUUGUGAACUUAGUGUCUAGAGUGAAAAGGUCACAAGUUAGAUAAUCUAUGGUACAGCUUGGAUUUCUUUACAUAAUAUAUAGUUUGUUCAUGGAAAGUAUCAUAGGUUUGUAAAAUGUGAUAGUCAUUACUGGUGACUAGCUGGUAAAUCAGUCUUGCACUAUAUAUUCUAUAUUUAUAGCAUAUCUCAUUUGUAUCUCAUUCAGUUUUGAAGACACUCAUCUCUUUCUUUACUUAGUACACCAUUUAAAUGUAUCAAAACCUAAUUUAUUUGCAGUAGAGAAAAACCUUCAACUCUCUUUGCAGAUUCAUUCCAGUGAAUUACAAACAUAGUUAAUCAGUUCUACCAAUUCCUUUCCUGUAUUUUCACAGCAUAUGAUAAUUUACUUCCUUUCCUUGGCUAAACUUUGCCAGGCAGCCAGAAAUAUUUGAUAGAAGACUUUAAUGCUAACUUUGGAGGCAGCAGCAUGUGUGCUUAUGUCAGUCCUGGACCUUUGUCUUAUCCUGUGUAUUAAAGGACCACUCUAGGCACCCAGACCACUUCAGCUUAAUGAAGUGGUCUGGGUGCCAGGUCCCUCUAGGAUUAACCCAUUUUUUUUAUAAACAUAGCAGUUUCAUAGAAACUGCUAUGUUUAUAAAUGGGUUAAUCCAGCCUCUCAUUGACAGCCGCUAGAGGCGUUUGCGUGCUUCUCACUGUGAAAAUCACAGUGAGAAGACGCCAGCGUCCAUAGGAAAGCAUUAUGAAUGCUUUCCUAUGAGACUGGCUGAAUGCGCGCGCAGCUCCUGCCGCGCAUGCGUAUUCAGCCGAAGAGGAGGAGAGCUCCCCGCACGGCGCUGGAAAAAAGGUAGGAUUUAACCCUUUCCUCGCCAUCCAGCCCAGUGGGAGGGGGACCCUGAGGGUGGGGGCACCCUCAGGGCACUAUAGUGCCAGGAAACAGAGUAUGUUUUCCUGGCACUAUAGUGGUCCUUUAAUGUCAGUAUUCUACAGGAUCUUGUAUUACAGACAAAUAGGUUCUCAUGGGAGGCGCUGGUAGCUAUGAAUGCUUUUAGUUUACUGAUGAUAUUGUUUGACAGAUGAAUAUCUGUAUUUUUAAUUGUUCCUUAGCUGAUGCUACACUGGACCAGUGCAACUAAAGCAGUUCUCCAUGGCUAGACAUAAUGCAGAUUCAGAUCAUAUUCUGUCAAAACCCAGGGCAACUUCAUCCAGCAUAAUUGAAAGUUUGUGUAAACAAAACAGCCAUAUGUAUUGUUUAAACUCCUGCAUUAACUAUCAUUUUCUAGAGGACUUUACAGUGUAAUUUUCACAUAGUCCAAGAAUUUCUUUUAAUCUUUUUUUUUCUCUUGGUUUUCUAUAGUGUCAAUGCAAAGAUUAAAGCUAUUGAAGCUAAACUCAAAAUGAUGGCAGAAAAUCCAGAUCCAGACCUGCCUGGGAAGUCAUCUUAUUCUUAUUUCAAGGCUACUGAGAAGAAAAAGAGUACACCUUACUCCAGAACAUCAUGGAAAUCUAAAAGAUGACAUGUUCGCUGUUGUUUCAGGCUAAUGUACAGUUCAGACUCUGGGGUUAUACUCUCCCGCAGUAUAUAGUGCAAGCUUUUUCUGUCCAUAAUCUUGAAUUACAUGCAUUAUAAAACACAGUCCCUAUUUUUCCAAAGAUCUUUUGGCGUAUUAUUUAUUAUUUACAACUAACUGACUUUUAACUUGCUCAGAAAGCAGUUCAUUUUUGUUUUUCGAUCCACUGUACUACUUCAAAUGAAGUUUUAAAAUGUAAUAUUCAAAUUAAAAUCGUUCAACAUCCUGGCAUUGAAAGAAAAGAAAGAGUACUUUAUAAAGUAAAGUAUUAUAGAGUUCUUUAAUGUUUGUAAAUGGUUUUAAUCUUUGGCCGUGUAUGUUAGCAUAGGUUUCUUACUUGGGGGAAAAAAUGGAUUUUCAAAAUGAUGAAACAUGUUAUUUAUAUUUCCUAUGUGCUCUAUUUAUAUUUGUUUUUCUCUUUGAAUUAAAUUUACUUUGUAACAGCCAUUAAAUGUUUGCUAAUGAUGUGCUAAUGCACAAUUUGUUUUUCAAGUGGUUGACUUAUUUCUUUUACACCUUCUUAUAGACUCAUUAAGUCAUUCACAUACAAUUUUAAUAUGCACUAAAAAUGCAGAUAAUAAACUAAAUUUAAUUUGCUUAUUUUUAGUUAUUCAGAAAUACAGUUGCCAUUCAAAAUGUGUGUUUUACACCGUCUUAUUUCACACUUAUGUAAACAUUACACAUUUAUGAAUGACUCUGCAUGCUUCUUUACUUUACUAUUGUUUUUAUGUUGUCAUGGUAUCAGGUAAUAUUGUAUAUGUAAACUCUAAUCAUAGUGGU